AUGUUUCCGGAUACCACAACAGACACAGUAAGUAAAACCAUUCACAUUUUGAAGCAUUCUUUCGUUGUGUGGGAUUGGCAUGGGAGUAUAGAUAUGUUCAAAAUAUCUAACUCAAAUCAUGCUACAGCAAGAGAUGUAUUUGUGUAAUGUGAUAUCUUCUCAAAUGAUGACACAGACUCUCUCUCAGCUUAAAGCAUUUGUUUAUGCCAGCCAAUGAAAUUUACUAGUCUUGCAUUGCCUUGUGUGUAACCCAAGUUCUUUAGUGAGAAUUUUGUUGUGAACAGGUACCGUAUUUUUCGCUCCAUAGGACGCACUUUUUCCCCUCCAAAAAUGAAGGGGAAAUGUGUGUGCGUCCUAUGGAGCGAAUGCAGGCUUUCGCUGAAGCCUGGAGAGCGAGAGGCAUCGGUGCGCACCGACCCUCUCGCUCUCCAGGCUUCAGGAAGCUAUCCGCAAGCCUUGCAAGCCCGGUGGGAGUUCCCGGGGGCUCACAAGGCUUGCAGGCAGCAGCCUGCAGCCCCGGCGAGUGUCCGCAGCCUUGCGCGCCCGGCAGGAGGUCCCGCCGAGCGCGCAAGGCUUGGGGCUGCAGCUUGUCGCCCGAAGCACGGGAGCCCUCCGGAGGGCUCCCGUGCUUCGGGCGAGUGUCCGCAAGCCUUGCGCGCCCGGCAGGAGGUCCCGCCCGGCGCGCAAGGCUUGGGGCUGCAGCUUGUCGCCCGAAGCACGGGAGCCCUCCGGAGGGCUCCCCGUGCUCGGGCGAGUGUCCGCAGCCUUGCGCGCCCGGCAGGUGGUCCCGCCCGGCGCGCAAGGCUUGGGGCUGCAGCUGUCGCCCGAAGCACGGGGAGCCCUCCGGAGGGCUCCCGUGCUCGGGCGAGUGUCUGCAAGCCUUGCGCGCCCGGCAGGUGGUCCCGCCCGGCGCGCAAGGCUUGGGGCUGCAGCUUGUCGCCCGAAGCACGGGAGCCCUCCGGAGGGCUCCCGUGCUCGGGCGAGUGUCUGCAAGCCUUGCGCGCCCGGCAGGAGGUCCCGCCCGGCGCGCAAGGCUUGGGGCUGCAGCAGUCGCCGAAGCACGGGGAGCCCUCCGGAGGGCUCCCGUGCUUCGGGCGAGUGUCUGCAAGCCUUGCGCGCCCGGCAGGAGGUCCCGCCCGGCGCGCAAGGCUUGGGGCUGCAGCUUGUCGCCCGAAGCACGGGAGCCCUCCGGAGGGCUCCCGUGCUUCGGGCGAGUGUCUGCAAGCCUUGCGCGCCCGGCAGGAGGUCCCGCCCGGCGCGCAAGGCUUGGGGCUGCAGCUGUCGCCCGAAGCACGGGAGCCCUCCGGAGGGCUCCCCGUGCUUCGGGCGAGUGUCUGCAAGCCUUGCGCGCCCGGCAGGAGGUCCCGCCCGGCGCGCAAGGCUUGGGGCUGCAGCUGUCGCCCGAAGCACGGGAGCCCUCCGGAGGGCUCCCGUGCUUCGGGCGAGUGUCUGCAGCCUUGCGCGCCCGGCAGGAGGUCCCGCCCGGCGCGCAAGGCUUGGGGCUGCAGCUGUCGCUCGAAGCACGGGAGCCCUCCGGAGGGCUCCCGUGCUUCGGGCGAGUGUCUGCAAGCCUUGCGCGCCCGGCAGGAGGUCCCGCCCGGCGCGCAAGGCUUGGGGCUGCAGCUUGUCGCCCGAAGCACGGGAGCCCUCCGGAGGGCUCCCCGUGCUUCGGGCGAGUGUCUGCAAGCCUUGCGCGCCCGGCAGGAGGUCCCGCCCGGCGCGCAAGGCUUGGGGCUGCAGCUGUCGCCCGAAGCACGGGGAGCCCUCCGGAGGGCUCCCCGUGCUUCGGGCGAGUGUCUGCAAGCCUUGCGCGCCCGGCAGGAGGUCCCGCCGAGCGCGCAAGGCUUGGGGCGGCAGCCGCGGGGGGGAGGGGGGGGAAUAAUUUUUUUUAUUCAUUUCCCCCCCCAAAAAACGAGGUGCGUCCUAUGGACCGGUGCGUCCUAUAGAACGAAAAAUACGGUAUAUUAAUAACUGACACCACAAUUGUAUGUUUUAAGAAAGUCCCAUUUUGUUCAGUAUGGGUUACACUCAGUUUAGAGUGCAUAGAAUUGUGAUGGAAAGUACUUAAUGAAAAUAUGAGGCAUUAUGUAAUGGGUUUGGAGUGUAAAGGCACACAGCUCAUAUUUGGCUUUUUUAAUUCCUCAGGGGACAUUUAUUUUUCUUCCAUCCUUCAGUACAGAUGUGCUACUUUUAUUUUUAAAAGGACCCUCUGUGAAGUAGCUUAGGCUUGCAGGUAAUACCAAAAUGGUGGAUGAAGAAAAGCCUAGGUAUAAUGGAUUGUGUUGCAUACUCUAUAUUAUGAUUUAGGCCAGUGUUCCUUUUAUGCUGAGAAGGAGUUCCUCAAUGAGAAACUCAGUACAGUGGAACCUUGGUUCUCAAAUGCCUUGGUACUCGAACAUUUCGGCCCCCGAAUACCAAAAACCUGGAAGUAAGUGUUCCGGUUUCUGAACAUUUUUUGGAAGCUGAACAUCCGAUGCAAUUUUCGGCGAUUUCCUCUGGGGCGCCUGUGCCAAUUGGAAGCUGCGCCUCGGUUUUUGAAUGUUUCGGAAGUCGAAUGGACUUCCGGAACAGAUUAUGUUCGAGAACCAAGGUACCACUGUAAUUGUAAACAGGCCAUACUGGGAAUAUGGUAGAAUUACAGUCGUGGUUCACGUGGUGGCUUCCCCUAGAACCUUCUAUAGUGUGCAUGGUUUCUAUGGCAGAUAUUUAUUGGAAGAUAAGUCAGUGUGAAAUGUUUCCUGGCAACAGAAAAUAUGAAGACCACCUAUUUACAUAAAAUAGCAAUAAGAGUUGGAAAACCAGGCUGAGUGAUCUGAGGCAUUUACAGAGGAUAGUAUUGAGUGUGCAUGUUUUUAACAGUCGUAAUGCCUCAGGGAUUUUAGAAGAUGUCUGGUUUGGAUGGACAUGGGCAGAUGUAGUCAUGGAUGCAGGAGAGCCAGUUGGCUUUGUUUACCAAUGAUGCGGUCCCAAGAUUUCAAGCAAAUAAGUGUUUGGAACAUUGCGAAAUACUGCAUUGACAGAUCACUGCAAAACACGAAUGUUGGCUCACAGAUAUCUAAUUCUAGUGCAGAAAAGUGUAUGACAGUACAGUGGUACCUCAGGUCAAGUACUUAAUUUGUUCUGGAGGUCCGUACUUAACCUGAAACUGUUCUUAACCUGAAGCACCACUAACCUGAAGCUAAUGGGGCCUCCUGCUGCUGCCGUGCAAUUUCUGUUCUCAUCCUGAAGCAAAGGUCUUAACCCGAGGUAAUAUUUCUGGGUUAGCGGAGUCUGUAACCUGAAGCGUAUGUAACCCGAGGUACCACUGUAGAAAGAAGAGAACUAGCAUUUAAUUUAGACUGUGAAGUUGUCUUCUGUAAAGAGAUAAAUAGGGGGUAUUGUCUUCUGUUUUUAGGUGAGAAGAUGAGUAACUACGAUUCGGAAAAACAAGUUUGCGAUACAGUGGUACCUCAGGUUAUAUACACUUCAGGUUACAUACGCUUCAGGUUGCAGACUCCGCUAACCCAGAAAUAGUGCUUCAGGUUAAGAACUUUGCUUCAGGAUGAGAACAGAAAUCGUGCUCUGGUGGCGCGGUGGCAGUAGGAGGCCCCAUUAGCUAAAGUUGUGCUUCAGGUUAAGAACAGUUUCAGGUUAAGUACAGACCUCCGGAACAAAUUAAGUACUUAAUCUGAGGUACCACUGUACUUGCUCAUAAAUCCAGAGAGAGAGAAAUUACAGUAAUUAAGCUAAAAAGAGAUGAAGGUAUGAUAGAGUGGAUUAAACAUCACUUGGAACAAACAGUUUGGAACAAGUGAUACCCAGAUUUAAAGGAUUGUAUCCCAAUGCUGUGCCAAUGGACUUCUGCUGAUGCAACAGGACUCGUUGUUUUGGAGGGUCCCUCAACUCUCUGGAUCUGGGGGCUGCAGAGAAGGAGAGGGGAGUUCCGUUGUGGAAGCAGAAGACUGCAGCGUAAGAGGAACUGCAGCACUGGAUACAGUCCAAAGAAAGAGCUUUGGGAUAUUACCAGGGUUAGACAUGAAGCAGCCCCAUACUUCUUUGGUUCAUCUGGCCCACUGUUUGUUUUGACUGGCAGUGGCUCUCCCAACAUCUGCAGGUUGUACAAGGUACCACUGUAUAAGAGAAAAACCAGCAACAUACAAAACAAACAAACAAGCCAUAGAACAAAAGCAGCACCCAAAGUUAAUGCCCAGAAUGUCAGCAGAUCCGUUGAAAGGCUUGGGAAAAUAGAAAGGCACCUGGUACCAAAAAGAUGUGUGUGCCAAAUGAACUUAUGUACAUCAUCAAUUGAUGCUGCAACCAUGAGGUGAAUACAAUGGUGCUGGUUCACAUGAGGUCAUUGCAUUGUGUUUGCUAUACAGUGCAUGCUCUUGAUUCAUCUUUGCUAUAUAAGUUCAGUGUGAUACUUUUCCUUCUUGUGGGAGUUUGUGUGCAAGGCAUGUUGAGCAGUAUAGAGAAUAAAAGGGUCUGUUCUCAUGAAAAAUUAGUCAAUUUGCGGUUGGUUCUUAGUUAUGUGCCUAGGGAUAUGGAAAAGAUUUAGAAAGUAAGUGAAAAUUAUGGAUAUAUUCAGAAUGGUGUUCUGAUCCCAGUUACGGUAUGGACUUCAUUAGGCAAGUCUUUUAUCCUAAAAAUAAAAAUGUCCAGGGUUCAAAUUAAUAUGCUGGAAAAGUCAGCCUUCAUUAUUUCAUAGGAUUAUAUAAGUUUGGCUCCUAACUUUUGGUUCUGUGAAUGGAAAGAACUGCUUACAGAAGAAGGUCUGUGCUCAUGAAAGAAGAGUUGCCCUUGAAAGAUUCCUUCCAGGAGUGCAAAUCUUCUGUGAAGAGAGCGAAAAGUUAGGAUCAAAGACAUCAGGUUGGAUCGAGACUUAGUUGUGCUUAGAGUAGACCCACUGAAUUUAGGAGGGCUGAAGUUACUCAUUUGCACCACUGAUUUCAGUAGAUCUGGAUCCAAUUAUUGGUGUAUACAGCAAAAGAAAUGUAAAGUUUUACUUUGAUCUGGAAGUGGUUUGAAAUUUAAUAAGCAGAUAGUGGAAAAUAAACAUUUUAAGAUGUCAGUGCAUCUGUUGAAUGUUUUGAAGUGGACAAACUUCAGAUUUCACUAGGUUGAUCUGUGCAUCUAUAAUUAUUGGCAUUUUGUUCUCUUCCUGUUUACAAAGAACCAAUGCACAUAUCAUAAAUUUCGUGCAUGAACAGGAAGCUACCAUUGAGAAAUGAGCUUUUAAAAGUACAGACGGUCUCUCAGGGCACUAGCUGAAUUGCUCUUGAAUUAUGCAUACAAAGAAAUGCAGUAAUAGGUAUCAAAACCCAGUGCUGUUUAUACUUGCACUCGGCCUUCGUGCCAAUCAGGAGAGUCAGAUUUUCUUGUUCUGUUUCUGAUUUUAUCCUCUCUCCCAAGGAUCAACAUUUUACAUAUCCCUGUUGAGACUAAUGUUGGCCCGUGUCAGAAACAGACUGCUGGACUUAGAGGAAACAUCCAUCUGAUCCAGCGGGGGCAGUUCUUAUGUUCGGGAUUCAGCGUAUAAUCAUUGGCUGCAAAAACAGCAUUUCAUAUUGUUUCUGGAAACAGUUGCCUGAACCAGAGUUCUACAUGAUAAGGACAUUCAGCUUCUAAGUGGGUAUGAGUGUUAAAGCAAAGUUGGAGAACUUUUUUUCAGCCCAGGGGGCUUGUGAGCAACCAUCCAGGAAACCAGAGGCAAAAGCGACUCAACAUUUAUAUAGUAGGUUGAGUAGGAGAAAACAAGAGCUUUCUAUACACAUGGUCCCCACCCCUUUUCACAUUUCUUCAUUCAGGCAAGCAAGAGUCAUCAUCACUGCUCAAUGACUCAUUCUAGCCAGGCAAAAGCACUCAAGGGUGUUGGGUAGUGUUGGUUAGGAGCAUGUCCUGGGGAAUCUUAAGGGCCAAAUAAAGGCCUAGGGGUCUGCAUUUGGCUCCUGACCUGGGGUUCCCCAACCCAGUGUUAAGGGGUAAGGUAAGCAUUAAUUUUAGUGUGGGUAUCUGAUCUGCAUGUGGAAGAGAAUAUGCAUAUGCCUUGGAUCUCGGAACAGAUUGUUUGGAACAGGACAGGUUUAUAUGCUUCAUUGUACCUGGACAAUUAUUAGUUUUAUAGAAGUAUUUCUGAAGACUGUGUUCAAAGCCAGUGCACCCAUGUUCAUCUGUAGCAAAUACAGUGGUGCCUCGCAAGACGAAAAUAAUCCGUUCCGCGAGUCUCUUCGUCUAGCGGUUUCUUCGUCUUGCGAAGCAACCCUAUUAGCGGAUUAGCGCUAUUAGCGGUUUAGCGGCUUAGCAGCUAUUAAAGGCUUAGUGGCUUAGCGGCUAAAAGGCUAUUAGCAGCUUAGCGGCUUAGAAAAAGGGGGGGAGCGAAAAAAAAUCGCAACACUCGCAAGACGUUUUCAUCUUGCGAAGCAAGCCCAUAGGGAAUUUCGUCUUGCGAAGCAGCUCAAAAACGGAAAACCCUUUCGUCUAGCGGGUUUUCCGUCUUGCGAGGCAUUCGUCUUGCGGGGCACCACUGUAUUCAUUUACUGUGUUUAUAUGACUGUGUAUCAGCAUACAUUUUCUGAAUGGCUUAAAAAGGUAAAGGGACCCCUGACCAUUAGGCCCAGUUGUGGCCGACUCUGGGAGCGCUCAUCUUGCUUUAUUGGCCGAGGAAGCUGGCGUACAGCUUCCGGGUCAUGUGGCCGGCAUGACUAAGCCGCUUCUGGCGAACCAGAGCAGCGCACGGAAACGCCGUUUACCAUCCCGCUGGAGCGGUACCUAUUUAUCUACUUGCACUUUGGCGUGCUUUUGAACUGCUAGGUUGGCAGGAGGUGGUACCGAGCCACGGGAGCUCACCCCAUCGUGGGGAUUCAAACCGCCGACCUUCUGAUCAGCAAGUCCUAGGCUCUGUGAUUUAAUCCACAGCGCCACCCGCAUCCCUUUCUGGAUGACUUACACACAAUAAAAAUAAAAUAAAAUACAGUAUUAAGAUGCAAUGCAACAAUAAAACAAUACAAAUAGAAAAAUAGAGCUGGGGAAAAUCUCUUCCUUUCUGGCAGCAUAUUCCAUGUUUUUACUGUUGUGGCUUUUUUUGGUGUUUUUUGUUUUUUUUUACAAAUAUAUAUCUUUCCCAUUGUAACAUGAUUUCUUGCUGUCAGAAACCAAACUUGUUUAUAUUUUUGUCUUUCUCCAUCAGUGUAUGUGCUUAGGCUUUUAUGCUAUGUUUGCCAUUCCCCCUAUUCAGUCUUGUCCUCUGUUAUUUCACCAGGACUUUGUGGCCUGCCUUAGUCACUUGGGUAGAAAGAUGAAGGUUGAAGGUAGAUAACCAAGUAGGGUGAUCUGUGUUAUUUUAUCAUGGCCUUUCAUUUUCCCUUUCUUUAAGUACUUUUAAAAGACAUAAUGUCUUUUGUCUUUCAAGAACAUAAUGGAAGUAACACACAGUGGCUUCUUCAACAGUUAGGGCAGCAAAACAAGAACAGUCUUUGUGAAAUAUAGAGGAUAUCAGUGAAUAAAUAUGCUUAUGUAAUGGGCAUUUUGGCCGCUGAUAGAAGAGCAAAAGCCACACAGGUAUAAGGCAAGUAUUAUGUGUACUCAGCAGCGCUUAAAAUGCCCUUAGCAAGUUCAUUCUUAUUGCUCAAACAUGCAUAAACCGAAAGGGAUAAGGCAAGAGAGGACACUGUGGAAGGUAGGAGAUGAAGACUGAUAAAACAGCUGGGGGUUGGAAUAAAAUUCUUGCUCUCCAGCCUCUUUCCUGAAACACUGAAGCUCCAAAUUUACACAAAUAAUGUAUAAAAAUGAAUGUGAUCAUUAUUUUGGCGUGUGCUUACUUGAAUUUGGGGCAAUAUGGAGAAGCUAGGUAAUCAAGAUAGAAUGGAGCACAGAACUGUCGUUUAGCAGCAUAAAAAAUGGAGAAAAAAAUUGACUUCUUGCAAAAAAAAUACUUGGAAAUUUUAAUUGGAGAGAUUGGUUGGGUAUUUAAGGAAGGCACGCUAUAAAUGUUAACAUUGUUUGUUUGUUUGUUUGUUUGUUUGUUUAUUAUAAAAGUCUGAACUUCUUGCUAGGAAGCAAGCAUAAAUCUGUCACAAUCUGACUGUUGAGCAGCUUUAGUGGAGCACAGUAAUUGAUUUCCCUUGACUUAGACCCUCUGACACCAACUUGUUGUGUUUCAGAACUCUGAAAGUUAACUGAAGGCAAGAUGGAUGCUACAGUGAUAUUACCUAUUCUGAAGAAAAAGUUAGCCUUCCUUUCAGGUACAGUUUCCUUGUUUUUUAUUCAGACUAUUCUGUUUCAUUGAGAUGUGUUGUUACUUGAUUCCUUCCCCAUCCUUUCUGAUAAUGUGCCACAAAUAUAUUGUGCAGCUCACCUAUACUGAAGCUCAGGCUGUUAGUUAUUGUGGAUACUCGGAAAGUAAGUUUCUUUCUCCAUCUUGGAUGAUUAAUCGUCUGUAUACAAGUUUUGCUUUGUUAUUUUUCACUUUAUGUAUAACACUGAUAAGUAAUGUGAGAUCAAGGAUCUGCUUAGACCUGGCUGGUAAUUAAUUCUAAAAACACAGGAGGUUCCUGACAUCUUUUUCUCCAGACACUGACCAGAAUGAGAUUUUCCCUCAGGCUAAACUACUUGGAUGUCUUCUCUUAUGAUGUGUUUGACUUUUUAACUGCUUAACCUUUGAAAUUAUGCACUGAGAAGAGAGCUGACUUGGUAAUUUGAAAAGCUGUGAAUUUCUGGUUAGUACUUGAUAAAUUUCGUACUACUGAAAUUAAUGUUGGACCCUGGAGUGCUGGCUAGCUGCCUAACUAUCUCGCUGGCUUUGUUGUAGAGAAGAAUUGUUCCUGUAAAGCAGGUUUUUAUUUGAUAAUUGAGACCUCGUUCAUUCCUAAUCAUUCCUUUUGAGCACCCACAGAAAGCUUUCCUUUCUCCCUUAGAACAAUAUAUAUAUAUUAUUAAACAUUUUAUGAAAUAUGAUCUAGGUUUAGCAUUUGUUACAUUGUAGUCCUAGGGAAAAAACCCUCAAGGUUUGCAUUAUAUCUGAUUACUACUUCAUUGCUAAAUCAGCACAUCAUGAAACUCUGUCUAAGGGAAUAACUCAACUACCAUUUAUACUUUUGUAGUCUUUAAGGCUAUGGAAAUGUGUAACUGGUCCCUAAGUGCUCAUUAAUAGUUGGAAAACUUACUGCAUAUUCAGAAUUACUGCAUAUACUAAGAAGUUUCUCUUGCCUUCAAAUGUCUUAGCAGGUAGUUAUGUAGUUGAUUAUUCACCUUAUAGGCUUAAGGAUAUGUUGCUGAAGAAAGAAGUUGACUGCAUUAAAUUCUCUCUCUCUCUCUCUCUCUCUCUCUCACACACACACACACACACACACGUGUGUGUGUGUGUGUGUAUACAUGUUUAAUGGGGCCCAAGCAUUGCCAGUCUCUAUGAGCCAGCAGCACAUUUUGAAAUGUGUGGGUGCCAGUCACAACAUGGCUGCUGUAACGGGUGUAAUAUAACAGCUUGGCUGCUGUAAGGGGCAUGGUGUGAAUGAAUGAAUGAAUAUAAGGUGGCAACAACCACACUCACUUCCUUGCACUCUCACAGCACACACCCCAGACACACAUGCAUCUCUCUCACAGACCACAAAUACGCAGACCACACAGUCAUACUCUUAGCUCAGUUGGUAGAGCAUGAGACCCUUAAUCACGUGGUGGCGAGUUCGAGCCUUGGGCAAAAGAUUCCUGCAUUGCAUGGAGCCUUCAUGGCCUCUUCCAACUAUUCUGUGAUUCCUCCUUGUUUCUGCCCAAGUGCAUUUCUCUCACUCACAGAGCACCUGCCCCACAAUUUGGAAAAGACCCUCCACAGGCAAAAGAAGUGCCUGCCAUUUCUAAACAAAAAUUCACAAUGUUUACCAACCUAGUGCCAGAUGGCACCAUGAUGCCCAAGGCUCCAAGGAAGGCCUUCCUGGGCACCCAUGGGUGAAUGGUUGGCAAUCCCUGCCUUAAGAAUUGUCAAGGUAUCAGGCGUGGGCAGUGGCAUUGGUCAUCCCUGCUGCCCAGCCUCUUCCCUCCACUGAAAAAGAAGGGGCUUGAGAAGAAGUGAUGGCUCACCUGGUCUACUCCUAAUUACUUUAAAACUGUUAUGGGAUUAAGCACUUGGUUCUCACCAGCCCCAUCUUUAAAAAUAAAACAUUCCAGCCUCAUAAGUAAAUGCUUAAAAUUUGAACUGCACCUCAAAGCAGGAAAAUUCCAUUGCCAGCAACAGGGUUUAUGUCCAAGAAAUAUGUACAGAAUUGGACAAGUGGAGUUUUUUGGGGGGGAAAGGGCAGAGGAGGGCAUUGCCAAAAUACUGCUUUGAUUUCUGAUAAUCAAAGUGAAAUUUCUUUUAGACUCAAUUUUGGAAUCCACAUAGCAAACAAACAGAAGCUGACAUGUUAUAAUUGAGUUAUAACUCAUUAAUAAACGUUACAGAAAAUGAGGAGCAACAAUAGAGUAAAGGAAAGAAUUUACCAGCAGGGCAUCUCUUUCCUGGCAGAGAAUUUUUACAGUAACUUUUCCUGGCAGCCAUUAAAUGGAUGUUGGGCAAUCAUUUUAAUUGCAACUGUGAAAUAUUUCACCUGUUGCAAACACUUAACUUGGCAUAAGCUUUUUACUGAUGUCUUUAAAGGCUAUUUUCAAAUCAUAUAUUAUUAAUAUUUUGCUGGGUUGCAUUCAUUGGUGGGUGUGCACUUGCAGAAUGUGCUUCGGAUCAUACAAGGUUGGGUACCAAAUCUCCACUGAUCCCCCUUACUGACUGCAGCCCUCUGUGACAUGUCCCAUUAAGUUCCAGAUGAGCUAUCAACCCUCAGGAGCUGGUAGGUGGGUAGGGGAUCAGAGGGCAAAAGCCACCAGUGGAUACAACCCAUUAGUUAUUAUUUGGAUCUAGGGAUGCUUCCAGAUGGGUACUGGAUGCUCCUUGUGAAUGCACUUUACAGUGGUACCUCUAGUUACGAACUUAAUUUGUUCCAGAGGUCUGUUCUUAACCUGAAACUGUUCUUAACCAGAGGCGUACUUUUGCUAAUGGGGCCUCUUGCUGUUGCUGCGCCACCAGCACAUGAUUUCCAUUCUCAUCCUGGGGCAAAGUUCUCAGCUUGAGGUAACUCGAGGUUACAAACGCUUCAGGAUACAAACUCCCGACGCUUCAGGUUACCGACUCCGCUAACCCAGAAAUAGUAUCUCGGGUUAAGAACUUUACCUCAGGAUGAAAACAGGAAUCGUGCGCUGGCGGCGCGGCGGCAGUGGGAGGCCCCAUUAGCAAAAGUGGUACCUCAGGUUAAGAACAGUUUCAGGUUAAGAACAGACCUCCAGAACGAAUUAAGUUCUUAACCGAAGGUACCACUGUAUUUUGACUGCAUCCACACAAUGUUGUUUGCCUUAAAAAUGCCAACGUUCAUUCCCACGCCCCCAAUCUAAUCCAGAUCUCCCAUUUCUAAGAACAAACAUGCUCUUGUUGGGGUGUUUCUCCUCCCCCAGCUCUGCCAGCUAAACUGCCCACCCACUGCGAAUGGAGUGACAGGAGCAUCACUCCAUCGGUGCUGCAGCAGAACAUCCAAAGUGAGAUGUUCCAAGGGCAGGCAGUAGGAGGGACUGAGGCAAUUUAGGACUCAUUGAAUCUCAAUUCUCGAGCCAGUUUCACUGCUAUCAUGUGAUGGAUUCGGGCUCAAUCAUUGACCGUCUACAAGCUGACAGAGUGGUUUUCCUUUCUUCUUAGAACCAUGUUUGAUUUUCUAUAAGCAUGCUUAAAAAAAACCACACACACAACUUUUUCCAAGCUGGAUGGAUGUCCUUCUAAAAUAGUGUUUUUUUCCUAUUGUUAAACUCUUGUAUGAACCUUUUUUUACUUCAUGUACCUCCCAGAGGCAAAACCAUGUGAAGGCGGGGGGUGGGGGAUUCCCAUUGUCCAAAAAGCGCAUAUUAAAUAGGAAAACAUGAUUGCAAAUGGUAGAAGAAGAGGAAGGAAAGUACCUUCUCCUUAAGAGGGCUCAGCCGCUUCAAGUUAAAGUAUGAAUGUGAUCUUUGUAUUCUCCUGAACAAUGCUGAGUCAUUUCCUCUUCCUUCACCUGCUUCCUUUUGUGUCCAUUUACUCUUGGCUGAGUUCCUAUUCUGUGGGAGAAGUACUGUAAUGGCAAACUGUUUGCAGUUUCUGAUGCAAAGGCUUGGAAGCUUAAGUCUGGAGAAAUCUCAAUCACUAGCCUACUUUGUUGAUUAUUGACCCAGGAAGAGGGGAUUGAUAGUGUGAGGGAGACUUCCGCAUCUCUAUACUAGGUGUAGCGAAAGAUAAUACAGUUGUACCUUGGAAGUUGAGCAGAAUCCAUUCUGGAAGUCCGUUCGACUUCCAAAAUGUUCAGAAACCAAAGCGCGGCUUCUGAUUGGCUGCAGGAAACUCCUGCAGCCAAUCAGAAGCCCUAUUGGACGUUCAGCUUCCAAAAACAGUUUGCAAACCGGAACAGUCAGUUCCGGGUUUGCGACGUUCAGGAACUAAGCUGUUUGACUUCCAAGGUAUGACUGUAGUGGUAAGUAAAGGUAAAGGGACCUCUGACCUUUAAGUCCAGUUGUGACCGACUCUGGGGUUGCGGUGCUCAUCUCGCUUUAUUGGCCGAGGGAGCUGGUGUACAGCUUCCGGGUCAUGUGGCCAGCAUGACUAAGCUGCUUCUGGCGAACCAGAGCAGCGCACGGAAACGCCGUUUACCUUCCCGUCACACCGGUACCUAUUUGUCUACUUGCACUUUGACAUGCUUUCGAACUGCUAGGUUGGCAGGAGCAGGGACCAAGCAACGGGAGCUCACCCCAUCGCGGGGAUUCGAACCGCCGACCUUCUGAUCGGCAAGUCCUAGGCUCUGUGGUUUAACCCACAGCGCCACCCACGUCCCUGACUGUAGUGGUAGGGACAUGAAAAAUAAAAUCAGGUUUGGUGUUUACCAGUAUUACUAUUCAUAUGUGGAAGUGGAGCCCAUCUACAUGCUUUGAAAAAGCCGGCGUCUUGUGCUAGGAGCAGUGGAGAUAUGUCCAUUAGGGCAAAAGGGGCUCUUCCCUACCCAAGUGCCCAGUAAUUUAUUUAUCUUUCCACAAUCCAUUUCAAGAUCCCGGAUAUUUUCCCUUCAAUCUUGUGUUUCGUAGCCAAUCCGCGUUCUCACCACGCAGCUAAUCUCAAUCCAAAAAGAUUGCUAUGAUUAGACGAUUCCACCCAUCUGUCUUCCUAUCAUGUCUACCAGCUCUUUGUUCCGGCUGGGCAGUUUUAUGAUUACCACAGCACUGUGUUGAACUCAUCCCAAUGAAUUUCUUUCUUCAAACGCCAUAGAAAUGUUUCUAGUUAUGCCAAAAUCAGUUGCUGCAAAGGAUAUAGAAUGAUUUUUGUUCUAUAUACUAGCCAUUACAGAUUGCUUAAUGAGCCAUUGAGUUCACCUACCAAUGAAGUCAGAAAUGUGAGGAAAUAAAGUGGUUGCAAAAAUAGAAUUCCUUUUCCUCUACUUCCUUAUAGAACUUUAUAAGUCUUGAAAAUAUAUCCUGUGCCUUGCUAAAAAAUCUACUUAUACACAAAGCUGCUUUAAAAUAGUUCUGGUGAAGGUUAGAAAUGGAGAUUAUUAAAUCGUCAGAUUGAAAAAGCUGUACUUAAAUACAUCUCAGAGAGACGAUGGUCCUCUGCAGCAUCGGUAUUGAUCCAUAUACAGUGGUGCCUCGCAAGACGAAAUUAAUUCGUUCCGCGAGUUUUUUCGUCUAGCGAAUUUUUCGUCUUGCAAAGCACGAAAUCCCAUAGGAAUGCAUUGAAAUUCAAUUAAUGCGUUCCUAUGGUCAAAAAAAGUCCAAACAAAGCCAAAUUUGGUACAACAAGAGUUUAUUAAGUGCUCUUUAAAGUCACACAUACUGUAAAGAGCAUUUCAAAAAUUGAAGGAACAAUAAAUUAAGUUUCUAAACAUGACAGAAAAACAUUUAAAAAUCAACAAAGUGUACAGUACAUUUUCUAAGACUCCGGGGGACAACUCGAAGAAGGUUGCUCUUCCACUCUUUGCUUCUUGCUGAAGAACCCCCUCCUCAACUGUUCCCCCCGUCACCCACCACACAGAAAUUCAAAUCCAGAAUUUUUUUAAAAAAACAGCAGAGUGGCCCAAUGGUCACAGAAAAUCAUAAAAAUGCAGAAAAAAACACACAAGCUUCCAGAUUCUUGCAAACCCCUCCCCAACACCAAGUCCUUGAAUUCCAAACACCCCAACCCAAAAUCCAAAACCCCCCAAAAAAGUUUUAAAAGUUUAACUACCACACCGCGUUCUAUGAGUUGCUCCUCGAAGUCAAGUCGCAACUGUAUUAACGGUGUUAAGAAAAAGGAAACAAACUUGCAAGACGUUUUCGUUUUUCGUCUUGCGAAGCAAGCCCAUAGGGAAAUUCGUCUUGCGAAGCAGCUCAAAAAACGGAAAACCCUUUCGUCUAGCGAGUUUUCCGUCUUGCGAGGCAUUCGUCUUGCGCGGCACCACUGUAUGGCAAGCUGUAGCCUCUUUCUCUUGCCAAUUUAUGAUGUAUCUAGUAAUGGAAAAUACUUUGUUCUCAGCUACAAAAGGCUCGGAAACUGUCCUCCUCCUUAAUUUAAAGUUUAAAAUUAGUAAUGGAUGAACUUGUUUUAGAGGUUAUAUAUAUUAUUUACUGAACAAUUUACUGAAUUUUUAUACUGCCGUUUACCUGGAGGUCUCUGGGUGGUUCACAGAAUAAAAUCAAAAUAUAAAACCACAGAAUACACAAUCAAAACAAAAACAACCCAAUAACGCCUCCCCCAAACCCCACAAAUUAAAAGGGCAUAGAAUAUAUGCAUUACAGUGAUACCUCGCGUUACAUACGCUUCAGGUUACAGACUCCGCUAACCCAGAAAUAGUACCUCAGGUUAAGAACUUUGCUUCAGGAUGAGAACAGAAAUCGUGCGGCGGCAGCAGGAGGCCCCAUUAGCUAAAGUGGUGCUUCAGGUUAAGAACAGUUUCAGGUUAAGAACGGACCUCCAGAACAAAUUAAGUUCUUAACCCGAGGUACCACUGUACAUCUUUAAGCAGAGCAAAGCACACCCAGUGGGGGAUUUUUACCACUCUGGGGAACUGUGUGUAGCCCCAGAGAAGCCUUCUAGCCUUGGGAGAGAGGGAGCUGUGGAAUCCUUGAGCAUAUCUCACCAAGCGCUAGGAAACUUCUCCAACAAAAACACCCUGCCAUUUUUGCAAAGGCUCCCCCCCCCCUUAAUCUUUUAGGUCUAUGGUAAGUGCCAAAAAAAUUUCCACCUAGAAACCACAGUGUUUUAAAAUGCAAAUUACAGUUUUCAGACAUUUAGGAGGUUUUUCUGUUGCUGAGUGGUUGGUCAUCGUCUUCUGCUAACCAAAUAGCUAUUUUGGGUUUACACAUUUAACAAAGCUUUGCCCUUUUUAUUUAUUAUCUAUACUUUUUUUUUAAAGUUACAAACCAGCGUAUAGUUAAAAGCAUCAAGUAUGUAAUGUGAUCUCAAUUUAUGUUCUUUUUGAAGCCUAUAGGGGAGAAUGUGCAUUUCAUUGUGACUGAGUUGUGCACAACAUAAUGUCCUAAAUAGAGUGUCUUGAAUGAUUAUUUUGAUGGCGAAUCUUUUGGCAAUUUAGGUUAUGUGCUUCAGUACACUUGUGAAGAAUUAAACAGAAGUUAAGCCUGAUUUGGGAACAUGUGAUUAUGUCCGCGUAUAGCUUCUAUUUUAGUCCAGUAUCUCAUUCACUUGCGUGUACUUUUGCUAUAAUACAUCCAUAGAAAAAGGACACGUAUCAUAUUUCAUUACAAUAUUUUUCUAUAAAAAAAGAAAAAUGGUUUUAGUGCCAAUUGGUUAAUAGUGAAUGUUAUUUUUAGUUCAAACUAACAAAUAUUUAUUUUACAGGUGGGAAGGAUCGAAGAAGUGGCCUCAUUCUGACAAUUCCAUUAUGCCUUGAACAAACAAAUAUGGAUGAGCUGAGUGUUACUUUAGACUACCUGCUAAGCAUACCAAGGUGGGCAUGCCCUUUAAAGCACCGAAUAGUAUCAUUUUGCUUCUAAACUAAAUAGUUUUUUGGAUAGAUACCACCAUAUUUUCUUGAGGGGGUGUAUCUCAUUAUGUGAUAUAUGACUUAAAUAAAAACUAUUUGGAAAGCUCUUGGAAAGAGCAAUGAGUGUCUCGCUAAAGCUUAAGCAAGUAAAUAGAGGGUGAUUUAUGUCGUGAUAACUGAACUUUGCCUUUUAUGUUUUGAAUAUGUGUCUUUUUUGCAGUGAAAAGUGUAAAGCUAGAGGAUUUACCGUUAUAGUGGAUGGUAGAAAAUCUCAGUGGAAUGUUGUCAAGACUGUUGUGUUAAUGCUACAGGUAAGAUGCCUUCAUGAAUUUGUAGUGAAGAAUUGAGUUCUGUGGAGGUUAAUCUGUCUGUAUUAUAAGACAUUGUUGUGCUUACUUGCUGGGAAAGUAGACCUUGUGUGAUUUUACAUGUUAAAAAUGUAGAGUCUGAUUUUUAAAACAUAUCAGCAAAUCAUGGUAGUUUGAUACUUUUGAAUCUGAAGUGAGUCUUGAGUUCAUACGCUGUGCUCUUUGCAUGUAAAGGGAAGAGUUGAUGACCUUUUCAUUUGCAGUUUGCAACGAAUCAGUUUCCAAGUGCAGGAAACCAUGGUUUGUAGGAACUGUGACAAACCAACGUUUUUAAAAUACUGCUUUGUGAACAAACCUUGAGAAUAAGCUUCCCAUCUCUCACACAUAAGGAAUUCUGUGAUCCUGAGGACGUCCACAGCUUGAAGAAAGAAAAAAAACAUGGCUUGUUGCUGCCUUUGAACUGAGUUGUAGUUUGGGAAAUUUUUUGAAAGCGUUUUGUUUCCCUGGACUCAAUUCUUAGUUUCAGUAAGGCUGCUGCAGGUAUAAGUUAGUUUUUACACCAUCCCUAGAAAUCCUGGAAUUGCCUCUAACAGUGCAAACCCAUAAAGGAAUAGGAUUGGGCUUUGACGUUUAUUAUCUCAACUCCAUGUCAUUUCUUUUUUCAAUUUCUAGAAUAACGUGUACAAUUCCCCCCCCCCCCCCCGGGUAUGGCUAGGUUUUAACAGGGACUGAACUUCAUUGUGCCAGGUCCUGCCUUUUGGAUCACUUGGCCGAUGGCAGUCUUGCUGGAAUCAUCCCUGGUUCUUUUUAAUAUGGCCUUUGCAAUAUGGUGUGUUGUUUUUUAUUUUACAAACCAGUUUUUACUGACAUGUUAUUGGUGCUUUUAUUGUUGUUUUCAUAGUAUUAUGUUUUUAUGCUGCGUACCACUUUUGUUAUAUUUUCUGUGAAAGUACAUACAUAAAAUUGGGAAGAGGGAGCAGCAGGUGAGGCUGCAUUGGAGAUAUGACGCAAGAGUUGCUCAUUAUUAUUUAUUCUACUUGAAUGAACUGUCCUCUACUUGAAUGUUGCUAUUUCUAAAUAGACCUUCGUUAGAAAGCACUUGGCUUUAUGAAAAUCUUUAACAGAUGUUGCCUUAAUGAGAUUUGACAUUUUAACCCCAAACCAUUUUUUGUCAAGUGGCAAGACAUAUUGCUUUCUUCCUUUUUAGUUCUGUAUGAAUGCACUUUUACAGGAUGUGUGCUGUCAAGGUCAUUGAAUAAUAAGCACUUUGUUCCUGCCGUCUGUCUAUUUAAUAAGUUGUGUGUGUUUCCUCAUAGAGAGGCAAAAUUAUGAAGGAACUUGACAGGCAGAGGAAACAACUGUGAAUCACAAGGAAUUUUUAACAGUUUUCAUUUGUGAAGAAAGGCUAUCCUGUUGCUUAAAUGGGUGGAAUAUAAAAUCCAAACUGCAUAAAGAAGACUGUCCUUACCAUAUACAGUCGUACCUUGGAUCCCAAACGCCUUCGUACUCGGGACGUUUUGCUCCUGAAUGCCGCAAACCCGGAAGUGAUUGUUCCGGUUUGCAAAAGUUUUUUUGGAACCCAAACGUCUGAUGGGGCUUCCACAGCUUCCAAUUGGCUGCAGGAGCUUCAGCCAAUCAGAAGCCGCACUUUGGUUUCCGAAUGUUUUGGAAGUCGAACGGACUUAAGGAACGGAUUCCGUUCAGCUUCCAAGGUACGACUGUAAUCUGUCAUAUAGAACAAAUCAUCUUAUAGUUGAUACUUAAAUGAAAUUCAUUCAGUUUGAAGGCCUUGGCCUCUUUCAAAAGAGACAUUUAUCAGACUCUGAUAUUGAGCGGACUUAGGCUUCACUUACCUGGGAAUAAGUCCAGCUGAGCUCAAUGAAUCUUCCUCCUAGGACAGACAUGUAUAGGAUUGCAUUGUUAGUGUAUAUUUUGGGUUGCUUAAAACUGUCUUUAAGGUACCAACUUAUUACCAGUUACUUUCUUAGAUGUGUUGAGUGGUCCAUGAAGACCAUCUAGCUCAUUUAUGUUGUCCACAGGUUCUGAUAAGUGCCAGAUUUGCUAUCACCACUGUUUCUGUUGCUUGACUGCUAGAAAGUUUCCUGUACAUCUAAAUGCUAUCUGUGCAGGUCUAGGUUACCAUACAGUAACUAAUGAGUUGUAUUUCAUUUAAGGUUUUGUAUCUUUCAUCUUCUUAGAACGUUGUUCCAGCUGAAGUAUCACUUGUCUGUGUAGUAAAACCGGAUGAAUUCUGGGACAAGAAGGUUACACACUUUUGCUUUUGGAAAGAGAAAGAUAGACUUGGCUUUGAGGUAUGUGUGCCUGCUUUUUCAUUUGUCAGAUGUGGACACCAAAGUUGCACAUGCAACUGAGUAAAAAUUGAUCGCUUAUAAUAGCUACUAAUCUACAAUGCAAUUACCGAAUGAUUCAUUUGGCAUCGCAAUAAAACUCACUACAGUGGGUUUGCAGUACUUUGUUGUAUUAGUUAGUAAGUGUAAUUAGUCUGAUCAUUAGUUCAGACAUGAUCAUUAGUUCAGACUUACCACGAGACCUUCAAAACAUUUUCAAUGAUUAUAGAACAUUAUCACUUGAAAGAUAAUACUUUACUGCCAUGAAUUUAACUAACUCCUGUUGUUAACCUAUAUUAUAGUUACUCAGAAUAUUUAAGGUGGAUUUUAAUUUGUCUCCAUUACAGUUUAUUGUAACUAUUUCUCACUGAACAACUCCUUGUGCCAGCACUUUCUUUUGAUAUUAAACAAGUGCAAAAGAUUUGGACAGAUCAAGAAUUGAAGCAUGUUGGCUUCAGACAGAUUCAAGUCUUGUUCAAACCAAAGCAGGACUUCUCUGGCAGACUCCAAACCAAAGCAGGGAUUGCCAAAGCGAUUUGGGGAGAUUCAAAUGUGCCUGCUAAAACAAAACUUUUAUCUCCAGUCUUCUCUAAAAGGAAAAUGCCAGGGUGGGGAGAAGAUGAGGGAAAGUUCCUUUUUGACUGACAGGUCUCACAUUUAAUCAGAGGGAAUGGGUUGUGUGUGUUGCUGUGUUGUUGUUUUUUACUAGAGCUGUCCAAUCACAGUGCUUUGGGGAAGGGAUGCUGAAAUAAUAUAUUGCUUGUUCUUGUAUGUUCUGUGCUCUUUGCUAGUUUUGUUGGUGGUGCUUGCUUGGCAAAUGCUUGGGAUUCAAGUCCUUCUGCCUCUGUGCCACAUACCUGCACAUCUACUCUUGCCAAAUCAGCUUUGAACUUUUGUUUCCUUGAGUUUCAGUGGCAUUUGGGCAGCAUUCAAGGCUGAAGCUUAUUUUUUUCAUUGAUCAUACCCCUUAGCCCCGGCACUUAGCCUUCUGAAAUUUUGCAAGCUACUUUCCUUGGGGCCCCUAGGAUGCAAUUUUCAUAAUAAAAUUGGUUCCCACAAAAAACACAGGAAGUAGAGUUCCUUUUUGUUCUCCCUUCACACUCACCCCACCCCUAAAAAUCAGUUUUGAAGAUGCUAAGCACAAAACCCCAUGGAACUAUUGGUGCAUAACUUCAUGGGCUUCUUACUUGGAGAACCUUUCUUAUGUACGUUCCCUUCAUACAAACAGAACAACAGGAGAGAUUCAGUAAAUCCUUUAUAAUUACCCCAGUAGGUUGCAAAGCCCUAAAGUCUAUCUCUGCAGAAAAACUGUUGCAACUACCCUUUCGACAUGUGACAUGAUGGAUGCUCUUAGAAGAUACUAAGAAGCUUGCAAAUUUUAUCCACUUCUGUCAGAAAAAAGAUGUUGGGCUUCCUUUUUAAAGGUGCCUAGUCAAAAAGCCCCGGGACCUCUAUCUCUUUAAAUUGGCAGGGCUUGUGCACUUGCAAGGGGCUGCUAUGCCUGUGAAUUUCACCUAAUUUCAUAAAAAAAGAAUAAGAAAUACAAACAUUAAUAAUAAUGAGGAGGGAAGUCGUAGCAUUUUUAAAAAAUCAAACUUCCACGUAAUAGUGAAUGGGGGAAGCACAAAGCUUAAUUUAUCUGAAUCUGGAUUCAGACUCAAACCUAAUUAGGUUGUUUUCUGAAAUGCUGAAUUGGGUCUGACAACAUCUGGAAUGCACCGUGUUGGCUACCCUUGUCAAAGUGAAAUACAUAUUUUGAAGUUGUUUUGUGGAGGUUUAUCUAAUGUCAUCUGGGCCCUUGGUUUGCUUGUAAUAAUUGUAAAAAUGGCAACCUUCUGUAGUUUGAAAUUUACUUCUGAUAAAUGUUUUCCCCUAUGACUGAUCUGUCUCCUACUAUGUCUUGGCCCUGACAAUUUUCCAGACAUAAUUAACAGAAUGCUUGAAGUAAAAAUCUGAUGUACUAAUGAGCCUGGGAUAAUAUCCAGAUUCUAGCACUUUUAAGAAAUGUGGGCAGUUUUUAUUAUUUGACUUGAAGGUCUAAUUCAAUAUCAGUCACUUAAUCAUAAAAAUGUAUUCAAUUAAAUUUAUAAUGGAGAGGCUUUUAAUUGAGAAUUUUCAGUGGCCAUGUGGAUAAUUUCUGCUGCUGUAGCCGAACCUCAAUUAUGAAGAUAAAACCUUGUAAGUUUAAAUUAUACAAAAUGACUGCACUGAAAUUUGCAUGUGUUGGUUUCAGUAAUUGAGUUCCACUAUAUUCUGUUGAAAAUGCAACAGGAAACUAGGGAACUAAUUGGUGUGGUCUUUGUCUUCAUAAGAAUGUUACAAAUGGAUGUGAUAUGUUCACAAUAAGGGAUUUUCAUGGCUUGAGUAUGAACUUGUGACUGCAGUAUAAAUAGAAAGAAAAAUGCUUUCACCGGACCUACUUUUGUGAUGUUUGUGUAGAUAAGCUUGCUGAGGUAAUGCAUUUCAUAUCAUCUAGUACAAAAGUGUAUCCAAUUGUUUUCUAGUGUAAGAAAUGUCUAUUCAGAAUUAAGUCCCAUGUGUAUUGUCUUCAACAACAUCCAUGUCUUAUCCGAUGAUGGCGCAGUCAUUAACAAAAUAGACAAUUGCAGUGAUUUUACGAAAUUUCCAUUUCUUUCAAGGAUAAAGAGCUUGCUUGCUAUUUCAGCAGAAUUUCAUUAACAUGAGCGGAAUUGCAGCUCUCUGUUGAUAUGAGCUCUUGGUAGAAAGAAGUAAAACCACUGGGGAACUGAAUAGAGCAGGGUUAAGCCCUAUCACCACCGUUCUUGCUAGCCAUGAAUAGCACCAUAGGGGUGGCCAUAGGAAGCCAAAAGGGAAAUAAGAGCCCUCAGGCAUAAAUUAUUGAUGCUGUUUGUCUGUACCACCAUCUGUCCAGUUAUAUCUUGAUUCUCAAAGAAGCUUCAUCUUUUCACUAUAAAUUGAUAUUGCACCCAAGUCUGUUGCCAAAUAAGCCAUUUGCACUCAGGUGUUUUUUCUUUUUCUUUUCACGAUUCUCCCCGCCCCAAAAAUUAAUGUAAAAAAUGGAAAUUGUAGUAUCGUAUAUAGCCUUCCUGUUGUUGACACUAAAGCAUCUUCACAUCUUGUGAAAGGAAGGUGUAAAUUUGCAUAAGGAGCAGGAAAAAGCAUUUGGUGUGAAUGGCUUCCCUUUGGAAAAGAUAAGAUCUGGUAUAAUAGCAGUGGUUAAUGUGAUUUCUGAGAGUAGCUUGAGAUGCAGAUGCAAAAGAUAGAUCAAACUAAAAGCUUUUAAUGCCUAGGGCAUUGUUAACUGAACAGUUUGGAAAUUAUUUUUAAAAAGCAGCAUGGUGUCCAAAUUAAUUUUUUUACCAUGAAGGAUAUCUACAUUAAUUAGGGGCGAAGCAUACUUUCUGAUAUGGGACGUGGGUAGUGCUGUGGGUUAAACCACAGAGCCUAGGACUUGCCGAUCAGAAGGUCGGUGGUUCGAAUCCCCGCAACGGGGUGAGCUCCCGUAGCUCGGUCCCUGCUCCUGCCAACCUAGCAUUUCGAAAGCACAUCAAAGUGCAAGUAGAUAAAUAGGUACCGCUCCGGCAGGAAGGUAAACGGCGUUUCUGUGCGCUGCUCUGGUUCACCAGAAGCAGCUUAGUCACGCUGGCCACAUGACCUGGAAGCUCUACGGUCAAACGCCGGCUCCCUCGGCCUAUAGAGCGAGAUGAGCGCGCAACCCCAGAGUCGGUCACGACUGGACCUAAUGGUCAGGGGUCCCUUUACCUUUUAUACUUUCUGAUACAGUCACACCAUGGUUGUUGAAUGCCUGUACAUGUACGUUUUGGCUCCUGAACUCCGUAAACCUGGAAGUAAGUGUUCCGGUUUGCGAACUUGUUUGGAAGCCGAACAUCCAACUCAGGUUCCACGGCUUCUGAUUGAGUGCAGGCAUCGGAAGCCGUGCGUUGGUUUUCAAACUUUUUCGGAAGUCGAACGGACUUCCGGAAUGGAAUCCGUUCGAGAACCAAGGUAUGGCUGUGUAUGCAGCCUGGCCAUGAAAAAGGUGAGACCAUUUGAAAUGUGAAACAUUUUGCUGAUGCAGGUUGUUGUUGUUGUUUAGUCGUUUAGUCGUGUCCUACUCUUCGUGACCCCAUGGACCAGAGCACGCCAGGCACUCCUGUCUUCCACUGCCUCCCGAAGUUUGGUCAAACUCAUGCUGGUAGCUUCGAGAACACUAUCCAACCAUCUCGUCCUCUGUCGUCCCCUUCUCCUUGUGCCUUCCAUCUUUCCCAGCAUCAGGGUCCUUUCCAGGGAGUCUUCUCUUCUCAUGAGAUGGCCAAAGUAUUGGAGCCUCAGCUUCACGAUCUGUCCUUCCAGUAAGCACUCAGGGCUGAUUUCCUUAAGAAUGGAUAGGUUUGAUCUUCUUGCAGUCCGUGGGACUCUCAAGAGUCUCAAGAGUCUGAUGCAGGUUACUUGUAAUCAUAUUUCACAAGAAGGGUUCCACCUUGUUGUGAAGAAUUGCUUUCUUUGAUCGGGCCAGUUGGUAUAUACUAGUGCUGGGUCACUUAGUAGAUUUUAUUUUAAGGAGGCUGCUGAAGAGACCAGAGACCAUCUUGGCUGUCUCUUAGGGCAGACCCAGGAUCAUCGAGCCUCAGCUUCCACUGCUGCCGCCCACCAUUAAACCGCCAUUGGCAGGAUUGGCAGCAACAGCAGCAGAUAUAUUUUAUUCUCUUGUUAAUUAUGCUGUUUUAAAUGUGCAUUUUACAUUUGACAUAUACAUAUACAGAGAGAGAGAGAGAGAGAGACUGGAACCUCUGUUGUCGCAGGUAAUCUGUUCUGGAAGACCAUUUGACUUCCGGAAACGUUCGACAACUGAGGCGCAAUUGCCGGUCGUCUUCCGACUUCUGAGGCGCAUUUGAAAAUGGAAGCAUUCACUUCCGGGUUGUCGGUUGUCUGAAUUGUUCGGCUUCCGAAGCGUUCGACAACCAAGGUUCCACUGUAGUUAACUUUGCUGCAUUGAAUGUGCCUUCUGUAGUUGACUUCUUUUGUAAUACUUUAUUUUGAAACCUUGUAAUGUUUUAUUUUGAAAUUCUCAAGAUAAUAUUUUACUUUCCUGUCAAGUAUGUUACUUUGAAUGUAUACUUUAUAUUUGACUUUUUUCAGUAAUGUUCUAUUCUGGAUUGUUUUAUUUGAUGGUUGAAUGUAUUGUAAACCGCUUUGAGAUUUUUUUCUUAAAAAUAUAAAGUGCCGUAGAAAUGAAAUCAGUAGUAAUAAUUACUAUAGUAAGCUGCUUUCCUGCUGAAUUCAUUGAGAGCAAGGAACCAAAUGAAGCAGAAUCUUUUCUAUCACAGAAGUAUUUAAAGUGCUUUCAACAGGAACACGCUUCAUUAAAUUACUUUUUGUUUAAAAAAAUCAUAUAUUGUUUGAUGAUGUUUAAUUGCUACUUAGUGCACAUAACUAGAAAUUAUGAUAAUAUAAUUUGGGAGCGCAACAUAUCCACUAGCCAUGCAUAUAGCAUGUACUCUCUUUUUAUGCAGGGAAAAUGCAAAUCAGUUGCUACCCUCAAGGUUAGCCUGCAUUUUCCCAGGUGGUCCUCUCCUCCUUUGAGUCUAACAAAACUGUAGUGUUGAAACUUAAUGAAGAUAAAAACUAGGCUAAGUGCAGAUUGCUAAUGAAGUGUAUUUUUAAUCAUGAUCAACAAGUCAUUCUGAAAUGGCCAGGUGCUCAAAUUGGAGUAUAACGGGGGCGGCAAUAUGGUGUCCUCCAGAUCUUGUGCGUUACCAUAUUGGCCUGAAUAUAAGCCGCACCUUUAAAAUUCGGGGGGGGGGGGGAGAAAAAAAGAAAAUACCUGAAUAUAAGCUUCUCCCCUAAAAUUCUGCAGGCACUCACACCUGUUCCGUUUUACCGUAUGUCUGUUUCAGCAGCGAUACCGCAAAAGCCCAUGUCUGUAAGGUCGUGAAUUUAAGCCGCACUGUAACUUUUCACGGUUGGAAUUGGGGGGGGGGGGAGUGCGGCUUAUAUUCAGGCUAAUAUGGUACAACUUAAGUCAUCUUGGACCAUUGGCCAUGUGAACUAGGGAUGAUGGAUGUUUGUUUGCACAGCAUCUGCAGGACAUCCCCUUGACUUUCCCUUGAAUACACGGUAGCCCUUUUCCAGGGUUAGAUUAAAUAUGUCUGCAUAGCUGCUUUCAUUGUUUUCUUUUUUUAUUAAAAAGCGACCACAGGGGAGGGGCUGAGCAGAAUUGGGACCUGGAAGGGGCACUAACCUUUUGCUCCUGUUGUGGUCCCUAUUGGAAUUGGGACACCCUCAGUUCCGACUGUUUGCCCAUGGGAUCUUUCCUUCUGUCGUGAAUAGCAAGGAUGGAAGGGAGAUGGUUUGAUUCUAUUUCAGAGAGUGGUGGGAGUACCGAAUUACAGAGGGGCACAUACACUAGUGGCCAAAAUUGUGGGGAAAGUUGCAUUUCUAAAGUUUGAUGGCUCAUAACAUCAAUCUUUUUUAAAAACAAUACCAUACAAUUAUAUAUCAUUAGACCGAUAAUUUAAUGCAGAAUACAAUGCUACAAGGGACGCGGGUGGCGCUGUGGGUUAAACCACAGAGCCUACGACUUGCCGAUCAACGGUGUUUCUGUGCGCUGCUCUGGUUCGCCAGAAGCAGCUUAGUCAUGCUGGCCACAUGACCCGGAAGCUGUACACCGGCUCCCUCGGCCAGUAAAGGGAGAUGAGCGCCGCAACCCCAGAGUCGGACUUUAAUUGUGGCAAAAGGUUUCUACGCUACUAACAGAAAGGGUGAGAAGUUAUGAAAAUACCCCUUAUCAUGGUUUUCUGUGUAUAAUUUCUGGUUAUUUGGCUAUAAUUUUUGAUAGAAUAAAGGUAAUUCAGCACAGUUUGUUGCAAUAUAUUCUGCAUUAAAUUGUUUUUCUAAUGAUAUAUAUAUAAUCUGUGGUAUUCUAAAAAAGAAUGAUGUUAUGAGCCACCAAACCUCAGAAACACAACUUUUUGUAAAGGUUCCCACAAUUUUGAUCACUUAGUGUGCUGUAGCCUUGGAUUUGUCUCAGUCCCCAUCCUCGCUAUUUUAAUGAAAGAAACAGAAAAGCUAUGCAGCAUCAAACUAUGUGAUAAAUGUCAUUUCUUGGUCCUCAGUGUAUAUAUUUGACAGGAAGAUUAAUUUCAGUAAUAUUCUAAUUGUUGAGUUCUUUGGUCAUGCAAGACAAAGGUUAGGUAUAUCCAUCCAAUUUCUUGUAUAACCUACGGCUCCCUUAGACUGGAGGAAUGUUCAGGUUGUCAGAGUGGUUUUCGUACGACACAACUGGGUGAGGAGAGAGAACAAUUUCCAUUUUUUAAUAAGUGAAAGUUGGGAUUCUGUCAGAGUCUUGCCGUUGCUGGCGGUGGUUGGGGGGGUAGGGGAAUAGGUUUCUCUCUGUUUCAGAAACAGACGCACUUUAAAGCUGUAAAAGCAACGCAUUUUGUUAAUGUUUGUCUCCAACAAAACUUGUUUCACAAUCCAUGUAUUAACAUACUGAAAUAUUCAUACUUAAAUUUGCUUAUGCUUUAAUUGUAAAUAUUAAUAAUGAAUCAUGGGCACGUAACUGAGAGCUAGCAAACAGUAGCUCAUAGUUAUUUAGUACAAAAUGCUUCUUUGUAUACCUAACAGUAAAUGAAUUUAGGGAUUGUAACAUUUCAGGAUGGAGAAAAGGGAAGGUAUUGACCAAGGCUGGAACUAAAUCAGCCCAUAGGUCAGCUUAUGUUUUGAAACUUUGGCAUAUGUUUCUCUGCUGAGCUGAAUGGACCGAAGGCAUUUUGUAGGGGAAAAGCAGAUUAUGAGCUUCUUACCUCCCCCUCCAUCUCCCCCAAGAUCUCCUCCCCAUUUCCCCCCCCCCCAGCCACGUAUUUUUGAUAGGAAAUACAUGCCUAGAACUGGAUGGAUGUGGAAGAUUCUGAGGCAAAGCAAUAAAGACAAGCAUCACUACCACCCGUCUGCCACUUCCUCCUGCAGAUCGCUACUCCUGAUGCUAUACUGCAUGAUUUGUCUGCAAAAUCUGUAGUUCCUAACUAAAGUUGCAAUCCUAAAUGCACUUACUGUUGAAUUCAGUGGGAACUCUUUCUGAGUAAACAUGCUUUUUGGACCACCAAUCAGUAGCCACUGAGUUGAUUAAGUGUGUGACGUUGUUGUUGUUGUUAAUGCCCAUUUCAAUUUACUUAUACAGGUUAUUUUAGUAUCUGCCAAUAAGCUUACACGAUACAUAGAGCCAUGCCAGCUGACAGAAGAUUUUGGAGGGAGUCUUACCUACGAUCAUAUGGACUGGCUGAACAAGAGGCUGGUUAGUUGCUUGGCAAUUUUUUGUCUGUUCUUUUUCAGUACACUUUCUAUGGGAAAGUGGUGGUUGGAAAUAUUAAUAGCUGUGUUAGGUGUGUCCUAGCGGCAUCAAAAUGCUGGGGCAAAAAAUGAGUCACCUGAUAUCACUGUGAUCCAGUUCCCCACUCCUAGUAUACAUCAAUUUCAGUCUGACUUCAGGCUUGAUUUUGGGAUGGCAGUUGCUUUGGUUGCCCUAGUUGAAUUGCCCUGGGAUCUGGAUAGGAGGAAUACAUCCCUGUUGGUUCAGCAGUUUUCAAUACCAUCAGCUACAGUAUCUUUCUGGAUUGCCUGGAAAAUACGAGACAUUUUAUUAUGGUUCUGGUCCAUCUAGGGGAGUUACUUUCUGAAGGUGGCAGUGUUCAAUAAGCCCCAUUGUACCUGUUUCCGGGAAGGUGUGACCAAAGCACAGCCACUAAUGUUUUGUUUAAAUCAGUAUUGGACUCGUGUACAAAGAGAGAACUGCCUUUGAAGGGUCUUUGGGAGCUAACAGUCCAAAAAGUAGCAGCAACAGUUCUUUGAGAGCAUAAGAUGUCCAUUUUACAACAUGUUCUAUGUUGUUUGUAUGUGCCUUUGUAACUCACUGUUAUUAAACUGCUAGGCCUUAGAGAUGAUUUCCCAGUGUCAGGGUUGGAGCAUUCAGACAGGCCAUCCGUCUUCAAGCACAAGACUGUAAAAAUCAAUUGCAGUAAUGGUAACUAUAAAUAUUUUACAUAGGCAUUUGAAAAGUUUACAAAAGAAUCUACAUCUUUACUGGAUGAGCUUGCCUUAAUCAACAGUGGAAAUGAUAAAGGAAACCAACAGGAGAAGGACAGGUAAUUAUUUUUCUUGUUUCUGUUAACAAUUUAUUAGUAAUUAAAUCCUUUGACUAUAAACUCUAGCUCACGGAAGGGACAUAGGUGCUUUCAAAAGCAACAUUGGAAUGGGAAUAGUUUGUGUAAAAGAUCCCUGAUGUUUCUGGCUAGGAUACUGAACUUUUUUAAAAUACAAAAACAAAACACCUCUGUCAUACAGAAAUCCAAAACACAGCAUUCUAACUUAUCUUUCAUGUGCAGUGCCAGUCUGGAAUUGUGGCUAUUUAUCUCUGGCUUAAAGCUAGCCAGAAAGUAGGGUUGCUUAUGUCUACGCUGCAAGGAAAGUGCUUCAGUGCAGCUGUUGCCUUCUCUGCAUUUGUGUUCUAUUUUCUGCUCUUUCUGGUGUCCCCAAAUUUGAAUUUCUGUUUGUAUCUACAGGUAGUAUUUAUCAUGGAACCAUUUGUCACUCCCUAGGAAUGUAUAGCUGUAGUUUCUAGUUCCCGUUAUCUUCCCAGGUCUCCUUAAAUUGCAUUAUUUCGGUCUCUGCCAGGUUGUGAGAUGUGUGGAUUUUAGGUGGCAAUGACACUUGCUUUUUCCAUGGAGACUACUGGGGUUCCAUUUGUGCAAACUAUUAUUUAUUUCUCCUUGCAUAAUUGAACACACACACCCCAGCACACCUGCUGCAUCUGUUUUGGGAGUCCCCCUGACCCUCCAGGGGUGGUGUAGCGGAAGGAGAUGUGGAGAAUCUCCUUCAAUUAAGCACUAAUCCUUGUGCUAAUGCAGAAAAUGUAGUUGAGUACUGCUAUCAGUUGGGUGUGUCUUACUAGUUGUUUUCUUCAAGAUUGAGAAUGCCUGGGCUAUUUUUAUCUUGUUGAAAAGUAACUGAAAAGAAAAAUAGCAUACAGUGUCAAGUAUGCCAACAUUUCUGAAACUUCGAUCCCUCUUUGCCUCUCUUUCUUUUUUGACAUUGCCAAAUAUGGUUUUGACAAAGAAAAUGAUGCCAGGUAAAGAAAAAAUGUGAAAUUUUAUUAGAAUGUUUUAGAGCCAGUGUGGUGUAGUGGUUAAGAGCUGUGGACUCGUAAUCUGGUGAACCGGGUUCACAUCUCCGCUCCUCCACAUGCAGCUGCUGGGUGACCUUGGGCCAGUCACACUUCUCUGAAGUCUCUCAGCCCCACUCACCUCACAGAGUGUUUGUUGUGGGGGAGGAAGGGAAAGGAGAAUGUUAGCCGCUUUGAGACUCCUUCGGGUAGUGAUAGAGUGGGAUAUCAAAUCCAAACUCCUCCUCUUCUUCUUCUUCUUCUUCUUCUUCUUCUUCUUCUUCUAUAAAAGUCAGGAAGCUAUGUACUUGUGUUCAAUGCUUGAAACUUCAGUUAUCAACGUUAAGUAAGUAACAGCCAUUUGCCUUUCUAUUUCAAGGUCCAUAGACUUGAAUUUCCUUCCAUCUGUUGAUCCUGAAACUGUUCUGCAGACAGGUAUACCCACUAUGGUAUCGUUUUUCUUUACUUCAUGGAUUUUGUGAAUUGUUGUGGAUAUGGGUAGUAUAUAAUGCUAAAGCUUUGUUCUUGGUGUGUUAGACUUGUUCUUGGUGGAGGAGCAUUUACUAAAUAGAAUAAUAAGUGUUAUGAAUAUCUUCCUUAUCUACUUAAAAGUACAUUUCUCUCCCUCCCUCUGCUGUUCUGCUCUUCCAUUUCUGGGAACCGCAGCUGUAGAGAAAUAUUCUGCUCUCCUUUUCUGUUGGAAUAACUAAUCAAGCUCUGAUAAUGCCAAGAAGACAAUUAACAAUUUAAAUUAUUUUAUAAAUAAUCAAGUGGGAAGCAUAAUGGGGAGCAUAUACUUCAACAUAUGCCUACUUAAAUUUUUUAUUAUGGAUAUGGAAAAAGAAAAUGUAGACUUUGGGCCUACAUUAGUUUCCAGUGCAAUAAUUUUUGGGCUCAUCCAUUCCUUAGGAUCUGGGUACCAUUCCUCAAGGAAGUACAGUUGUUUAUUUAGGGAUUGUUUCAUUUUUGCAGCAAAAGUUAAGCAUAUCUGAAAUUGGAGUCAGUGGGAACAUUAAACGUUAGCUCUUUAUUGUUGUAACUGGUGCUCAGUAUCAUUUUUUAAAAAAUCAUAUAAUCUAUAUCCCUUGCUUUUACAUUAAUGGCGUACAAGUUUAAGAAAAGUAAAGAAUAAAAACAUCGUAACUUGGACUGCUAUCUGAAAUGCAGCUGUGUGAAUGCCCAGGCACCGACUGGAUAAUGUCUUUGACAUCACUGAUCAGUGUAUCUUCUACCCAGUGUCUCCAUAUUAUACCCUCGCUAAGUUACAUCUCUCCGGUGCAAGGGUUACUGCAAAUUUGUGAACCGUUCCAUAUUUUCAUACACAGAAUAUUUUUUUUAUCAUGCUGUUACUGUCACCCCCGAGGGCAAGUUGCAUAGGAUCUGAAAGUGAUUUAUGAUAACCCAUAAUACAAAUAACCCCCCUUUCACUUUUAGCCUACCACAAGCCAUCUUCCUUUUAUCUCAAGUCUUUUACACCCUAGCUCCUUUUUUUAACCUGACUAUGCCACAUCUGAGGCACCAUUUGAAUGCUCAAUUUUCAUUCUUCAACCAUUCAAGGUCACGAGCUGUUAUCUGAAUUGCAACAACGCCGCUUUAAUGGUUCGGAUGGAGGGGUUUCGUGGUCUCCCAUGGAUGACGAACUGCUUGCUCAGCCCCAGGUUAUGAAGCUGCUAGACUCGCUCAGAGAACAAUAUACACGGUACCAAGAAGUAUGCAGGCAACGGAGCAAGCGCUCUCAGCUAGAGGAGAUUCAACAGAAGGUAAUGCAGGUAGGUGCCCCAAGCUCCAGUUGGUUUAUAUCAUUUAUUGUUAACUGGGCAUCCCAUUGGCUCGGUCUAGCAGAUUAUCUUACUCUUCUGCAUCUUCUUUUUACUUCAUAUGUAUGAAUACAGCCAGAUUAUAAUUAUCAGUAGAGUUUCCCCAACCUCACUUAAAAACUCUGGCUGCUCAAUACAUUCCAUUAAAUAAGCGGCAGUCUAGCAGUCUAUUAAAUAAGUGGCAGUCUAGCAGGGAUGCGGCUGGCGCUGUGGGUUAAACCACAGAGCCUAGGACUUCCCGAUCAGAAGGUUGGUGGUUCGAAUCCCCGCAACGGGGUGAGCUCCCGUUGCUCGGUCCCUUCUCCUGCCAACCUAGCAGUUCGAAAGCAAAUCAAAGUGCAAAUAGAUAAAUAGGUAUCACUCUGGCGGGAAGGUAAACGGAGUUUCCAUGCACUGCCCUGGUUUCGCCAGAAGCGGCUUAGUCAUGCUGGCCACAUGACCUGGAAGCUCCCUUGGCCAAUAAAGCGAGAUGAGCGCCGCAAGCCCAGAGUCGGUCACUGGACCUAACGGUCAGGGGUCCCUUUACCUUUACCUAGCAGAAUUCACUGAGGACUCAUGCUACUAGAUGUGGUCAGUAGCUUGGAAUAAAGGCUUUUAGCUAUCCAUUGUGUGUGUGUGCGCGCGUAUGUGCGCGCUUAUACUGCCCAUCCAUUUCAUUAUUUAGACAGUCUCCCUCACGACACGAGACCUACAGCUUUGUCGCUAUUGGUCUUCCCCACUUCCAGGUGUGACUUUGUUCUGUCAUGUGACGAAGCAGGUUACUUAUAGCUCAGCAUUUGGGCUGGUUUUGAAGCUUUCUUACAUUGUUGGGAUAUUACAGAUCAAUCUUAAUUGCACCCACUUAACUUGUGGUGUUGUCAAAGCAGUUAAUAAUGCCGAUCUGUUUCUGGUAGAUUUUGGGUUCAACUACCAAUAAAAUUGAACAGAAGCAACUACAAGCUAGCAAAGCAAAGGUCGUUGGGUGGCUCUUGCUUCUUCUUUUAAAAAGUGAUUUAAUAUAAACAAGAUAAUUAGUCUAUCUAGUGAUUAAUAGAUAAAUAGGAUUAGCAUAUCCAUUGAUCAAAAUCCAAAAGAACAGUUGUCAUACAAGGCUCUUCCUGACUAGAAUGAGUAAAAACCCGUGUAAUGAAUUGUAUGCUAGAAGGUCAUGAAGGGCUGGGCUGGUGCUUUGGAAAUCAGUAUGUAAUUGAUGCUUUCAACACUUCUUCAGACAAUGUCUCUGUCGAGAUAAUAAAGGAAAUGAAAUCAAUUCAUUUAUUUCCCCAGGCCUAUUAUUUGAAAUUGAAUGUGUUUAUAUUUUAGAUGCUAUGCACAUGAACCUUCACCCUUUUAAAUACUGGAGAGGCAGGAAAUCAAAAUAUUCCACUUCACAGUAUUCUAGAAUAAUCAUUUCUUUCACUUUUAAAUCUCUUUUUAAGUUUUUUUUAAAAAACAGUCAGACAUGGAUAUUACAUAGGUAUAAAAGAAACAAAAUAUUAUUUCUGUGGUAACUUGAGCAUUCAAGUCAUCUGAGCAAAUAUGGGCUGAUUGGAAUGAGGUUUAUAACCUAGUUUGGCAAACUGCCAUCAUUAAUGCAUUUAAAUAGACUUGUUUACUGGGGCAUCAACCUCAAUUUGCAUCAUUCUGAUUAGAAAUUGUCAUCCAUUUGCUCUGCCUGUGUUACUGAAGCUGCAUGGUAAACGAAUUGAACUUUUGCAGGCAAAGAAAUUGAGCAUUCAUCUAUGUUUUUAUUUAGAAGAUAUCUGCAGAAGAUAUCUAAAUGGGGAGCCAGAAGGAAGACUUUUUUUUUUUUUUUUUUUGGAAAAAAAAUAUUCUAAAGAUCUUUGGAGCAGAAGUGAUCAAAAAUCAUAUUGUUAAGCUAGCUGCCCAGGUAUAUCAGAAGUAUAUGUCGUCUUGGUGAUAAAAAGAAGAAACUGAACUAAGAGAAAUAGAAACAGGACGAUGCCAAGAGAUGAUUUGCAGUAUCAUUUGAUAAUUACUGCAGUAGGAGUUUUCUUUCUUGCUGUUUAGUAACUGUAAAAUAGAUAAUCACUAGCUUAGACUAACUGUCCACAUAUCAGGUGUAUGGUUGAGGUGUCCUCACAUGUAUUUUUGUGGUGCAAGCAACAAAAAUGCUAGUGGUUGCCUUAUUAUUAUUAUUAUUACUAUUAUUUGUACCCUUCCCAUCUGAUUUGGUUGCCCCAGCCACUGAGAAGCUUCCAACAUAAUAUACCAAAACAACACAACAGAACAUCACACAUUAAAAGCAUCUCAGUACAGGGCUGCCUUCAGAUGUCUUCUACAGGUUAUAUAGUUAUUCAUCUCCUUGACAUCUGAUGGGAGGACGUUUCCACAGGGCAGGUGCCACUGCCAAGAAGGCCUUCUGCCCGGUUCCUUGCCAUUUAAGGCCUCUGUUAAGCAACCUGCAAAUAGCCUGUAAUAAAAGAGCAGCAAAUAGUGUAGCAUAUACUGAUAUUUAUCCCUAAACACACAGUCAGGUGAUGUAGUUCUGCAAGUUAGAACAAUUUAGAUUUCAGCAGGGGAACUAAAGAAUCCACACACACCCCGGUUUUCUUAAAGAAGCCAGCUUUUCAUCUUACCUACUAAUACAGAUAUGAAUUGACAAAACAGUGAAUGAGCCAGAUAUCUUCACGCUCUGUUUCUAAUGUGAGAUGACAUAUUAUUAAGGUUCACAAAGAAGACAUUCUUCCCCCGAAAAAGCAUUGGGAAAUGUUUGAUCAGCCUUGCCGGGUCUGUUAGCUUAUGCACCUAAAAGGAAGUAAGGACCCCCGCUGCCUUUAUUUUAUCUUGAGGUAGCGAGCACGUUGCCGUUAAAAGCGAACUUUAUUUUGAGCAAAAUCUGAAUAACCAUAAUUUCUUUUAAAAAUCAGUCUCGACCGUGUGGGUUUAAUUAUUUGCUGUGGUGAAAAUGUUGCUGUUUUGAUCAACAGGUAGUGAACUGGCUUGAAGGACCUGGCACAGAACAGCUUAGAACCCAGUGGGGGAUAGGUGAUUCAAUUAGAGCCUCACAAGCUUUGCAGCAGAAACAUGAAGAGAUUGAAAGUCAACACAGUGUGAGUUUUCAUUUUCCCGAGGAAGUUACUGCAUGAUUGUUCUUAUAUAUAAUUCAUUAUGUGCAACAUUUUCCAGUGACAUUUUUCUAGCAAAUUUUAGACAGUGAUUUAUGAGCUAUAUCAAACUGCACCUAUUCUUCUGCAACAGACUGUGUUGGUGAGCUUAAUCAUUGUUAAUUAAAUUCUAAUGUCAUGGCAGUAUACUAAUUUUUAUUCCUUUAAAGGAGAGUGAUCGUGUUUCUGAUGAGAUUGAAAACACAAAAAGGAAGCAUUGAUUUAGGAGUAAUAUAUGUCAUCUUUUCUUUCUUUCUGGGAGCCACUUAUUGUAAUUACUUGAAUGCUCAGUUUUAAGAUCAUACAUAAUCUCGGAGCAUAGAUUGUUUGAUGAUUGGCAAAGGCAGAUUUUGUUUUUCCAGGAGUUCAAACACUGGACUAUAGAACAUAUUGGGGUUAAUGUGAACUGAAUGGAGAAUUGGGGGGGGGGAGACUACUCUGACCACUGUCUACAUUCAGAAGACAUCAUUUUCUCUACUAGGAGGAUGUAGGGAAUGGCAUUCAUUGUCCAGUCAGGGUGUAUCACCUCCAUAUCAUUGUGAAUGACAGUAGCAUUGCACAUACUUACCAGUAAACAUGCAUCAUCUUGCAUUGAAUUAUAUGCAUAGUGAGUGGACAGUGUGUGAUAUACCCUGUUAGUAUCCAGCGAUCUUUAUAUGUUGUUGUUUUGUUUACUCGUGUCCGACUCUUCGUGACCCCAUGGACCAGAGCACGUUAGGCACUCCUGUCUUCCACUGCCUCCUGCAGUUUGGUCAAACUCAUGCUGGUAGCUUCGAGAACACUAUCCAACCGUCUCGUCCUCUGUCGUCUCCUUCUCCUUGUGCCCUCAAUCUUUCCCAACAUCAGGGUCUUUUCCAAGAGUCUCCUCCAGCACCAUAAUUCAAAAGCGAUCUUCGUCGAUCAGCCUUCUUUAUGGUCCAGCUCUCACUUCCAUACAUCACUACUGGGAAAACCAUAGCUUUUACUAUACGGACCUUUGUUGGCAAGGUGAUGUCUCUGCUUCACAUACCCCACAUCAUUUCACUGAGCAAUAUAAAAAGUGCCCUACUGGUUCUGUUCAUUCUCCACAACAUCCAGAUCACGUGCCGGUGGUCAGUUCUACCAUUUUAUUUCCUGUCUUUGGAAGAAAGCUUAAAAUUUAAUAUUGUUAAAGGUUGGUAUAAAAUGUAAGCUUGUUACUCAUUUACUGAAAUGAUUAAAAAAAUAUUGCAAUGCAGUUAGUUGCUGACCAUAGCACCUCACAGUAGCUGAAGCCUUGUGGUCUGCAGCACCAGUUUCACAGUGACUAGAAAACGUUUUGCAAUCCACAGCAAGUUAGGUGGUUCAUUCUUAUUUUGUCACCUGGCUCCUAACUUGCCUGUAGUGGUGUGGGAUGAAAAGGAGGUUCAUGGCCACAGACUGCAAUGAAGCAUUAUGAAUAGGAAGUUUUGUUACUCCUGAUAUACUAUCCCAAGUAUCUCCCAUUUUUCAGCCUGUAUGGCCAGCACUAAUUUUUUCUAUCUUAACUUGUACCUCGUUUACUCUUCUCUGGAAUGAAGUGAUCAGACCAGUUCCUGAAAUCACAGAGCCAGUUUCUUCUUGGUACUUUGCCAUAACAAAGAGAGAUUCAAAGGUAUCCUUGACCUUUUGAAGUAUUAACAUUUCAUAAAGCCCAAUAAAUUGCAGGUAGUUUUCUUAGCCAAUAAUCUUCCUUCUGGGCAGAGGUUCUCCCUCUCUGCUUGUUCAGCAGCAGCCAGAGUUGCUAACCUUUUUUGACACAAGGCUUACAUUCACUCUUGGCCACUUACUAGCAUGUGUGGUCAAGACACACAGCCCCACCACCUCAGUUGAUUGUACAGAUCAGAUCAGGAGGGUUAGCGCAUCCACCCCACUCAACAAAUAAUCAGCAUGACUGGGUCGAGGUAGUUUCAUCCUAAUCAGAGUGCUCAGCUGAGUCUCCUACUUCUUUUUUUCCUUUGUUAUUUCCAGUAUUGGUGAGGUCUUAAUAGGUAAAAUUAAAAAAAAUAAAAAAAAAAUGGGGUGGGGCUGAUCCAGUCCUCAUGCCAAGACUUUUUAAUUACUCGCUUAUUUAUUAAAUUUGAGUUGUUUCCAACUAACUCAUUCCAUCAAUACAAGGAUUUCUGCUUGCACAACAAAACUCUGUGCCAUCCAAACCUGUUCUGGGUUUUCCCCCAGCCACAUGGAGCAGAUUUGGUGAGGGUGCAGCGUACGUGAGGGAAGGGGGAGUUCUGUUAUAUUUCUGCUGACAGAACAUAUUGGCUGGAUAUUGCCCCUUAUUUCCCGCCCCUCCUCCCAAAGGGGUUAUCCUCUCAACCAAUCAGAGUCUGAUUUGGACUACAUAGUAGAUCCAGUUCAUUACUUAAAAUACUCAAGAUGGGUUGAGUGAGGAUUAAUGUAGACUCCUUUGUUAGCUUGGUCAAUAAAUUAUAUUGUUUCUUUAGAAGUUGUGUUGCAUCCAGUAUCUUGUGUUUUCGUACUUCAAUCCACAUUAACUGCAUUGAUUUUUGUAAAGUGAGUUCUUAAGAUACUGUCAAGUUCUGGCAUUGCAUUUCAGCAUGACCAUUAGUAGUCACAAUACUUAUGUCAUCAUGAACUCAUCCUGCUGGAGCUGGGCUUCCAAGUUGGAUUCUGCUACUAAUCUCUUAGUGCCAACACACCGACGGUCAUUGAUAGCAGUGCACAAUGUUCUGCCCUCUUCUUUUUGUUCCUUUUGGGAAAAGGUUAUCAUGGCUACCAAACUUCACAACAAUAAGCAAGGGGGCUUCUUGUUGUGGGUCUACACAAAUUAGUGAGAGGAGAGUCCCAUGGACUGCAAGAAGAUCAAACCUAUCCAUUCUUAAGGAAAUCAGCCCUGAGUGCUCACUGGAAGGACAGAUCCUGAAGCUGAGGCUCCAAAUCUUUGGCCACCUCAUGAAAAGAGAAGACUCCCUGGAAAAGACCCUGAUGUUGGGAAAGACGGAGGGCACAAGGAGAAGGGGACGACAGAGGACGAGAUGGUUGGACAGUGUUCUCGAAGCUACCAGCAUGAGAUUGACCAAACUGUGGGAGGCAGUGGAAGACAGGAGUGCCUGGCGUGCUCUGGUCCAUGGGGUCAUGAAGAGUCGGACUAAACAACAACACUGAGGAGGACAAUACUUCAUAAAAUCAUUUGAAAUACAAAACACUAAAAUAAAUCACUUUCACGCACAAGCAUAAAAAUGCAGCAGAUUAAAAGCUGAGUCUUUUCACCUUCUCUUAAUUCUUUGCGAUGUCAGCAAACACCAAAUCUUCUGCAGCCAGGAGAUGUCCUAAUGGAGGGGAGCAUUUUUGUUUUUUGAAAAAUCUACUUCCAAAAGUAGUGCACACAGUGUCCAGAGAUCAUGUCAGUUGUGUCCAAAUAAUUUUGUGGUGGCCCCAGCAACCUUGAUUUAUCUCCAUCCAGUUAUUAUAGCAGCCUAUUCCUGUCAUCCAGUGGCGCUGUGGCUUAAACUACAGAGCCCAGGGCUUGCCGAUCAGAAGGUCGGCAGUUCGAAUCCCCGCGACGGGGUGAGCUCCCGUUGCUCGGUCCCAGCUCCUGCCAACCUAGCAGUUCGAAAGCACAUCAAAGUGCAAGUAGAUAAAUAGGUACCGCUCCAGCGGGAAGGUAAACAGCGUUUCCGUGUGCUGCUCUGGUUUCACCAGAAGCGGCUUAGUCCUGCUCGCCACAUGACCCGGAAGCUGUACGCCGGCUCCCUCGGCCAAUAAAGCGAGAUGAGCGCCGCAACCCCAGAGUCGGUCACGACAGGACCUAAUGGUCAGGGGUCCCUUUACCUUUAUUCCUGUCAUACCUGCAACAAAGUCCCCCAGAAAUGCUGGGAAACUAUCUAGAUCUGGAAGUCUUCGAGGAGGACCAUCGUAACAGGUCCCCUAUACCUACAGAGACCUUUACACAGCAUAUAUACUGAAAGUGACAAAAGUUAAAGUUACACGUUAGGUCCAUCUGUUACCUUCUCCAUUAUGGAUUUAUAAUGGCGUUAGAGGACCACCAGUGGAAGUCUUUGGAACCUCAUGAAUUUCUAAUUGUUUCAAAAGAUUCCUUAGUAAAUAAAGCAUUAUGGCAGCAUCAGUCAAUCUGUCUCUUGCUGCCAGAUUUUGGAAAUUGACACCAAGGCUGUACAAGGCAGCAAUUAGAAGUUACUGCCUUUAUAUACAUAAAAGCUUUUUAAAUAACUCAAGUGUUUCUUUAAUCUGCUGUCUCAUUGAUUUACUAGCUAAUUACUUUUUAACUGUGUUUACUAAAAAGGAUUCUGACUUUAUUGCAGGCAAUAGUCUUACUACAGAUGCCAUAUAUUCCACUGGCACUGCAAAAUAGUUUAAAUAUUCAUUUAACACUGAGUCAUUGCCUUCCCUUCCACCUUUUAAAGGCCUGAGUCAUAGUCCGUUUCGAAAAGUGACAUUAUUGCUAUUUACUGCCUAGCAAUUUUCAGACAGUGAUUAGGUUCAAACCAUGAUAGAUAAUGAGUGCAUAUAUAAGACAGACUUUCCCCCCAAAAGAUUUGUCACUAGAAUAUGUGACUAGACAAAACAAAGUAGAAAAGUGACUAAGAACGCACACAGAAGUGGUGAAAUUAUACCACUCUAGCUGGAAAGGGAAGUCAAGGCACAACAGCCUUUUGUUUGUUUGUUUGUUUGUUUGUUUUCUUGAUAAUACUGCAUUUCCAUUAAAUUAUUGGGGCAGGUAACAAAACAACAACAACAACAACAUGAAAUUAUAAAAAUAUACAAUAAAACCUAAGCUUGCCUGAAAUAAAAUAGUUUUUAGGUUGCUCAUUUAAAUGCAGGAUAGAGAGCUUUGGUAGGCUAUUGCAGGGACAGGGCCAGCUCACACAUGAGGUCAGGUCAGAAGACCGCCUCAGGCGGCAGGAUCCACAGGGGCCACAGAUCUCAGUAUAGAUCUUUAUCCCUCCCUUGUUCCUGAUGUAGACCUUGACUCACUCCUUCUUCCCUGGCAGGGGUGGGGCACCAUUUGGUGGUUCGCUUCAGGUGCUGAGAUGUCUUGGGCCAGCCCUGUGCAGGGAGGUGGCUACCCAUCAACCAACUUUUCAUGAUCAGACCUCUGAGGCACGUCCUAAGCUGGCAGGUUCAUAUGGGAAGGGGUGGCUCUCAAGAUAUCAGGUUCAUCCAUUAAGAGGUGUUCAAGUUAAACUCCUAAAUUGGGUGCUAGCAGCAUAGCUGCAUGUAGUAAAAAGUGCAACAGGUGUGUGUAUGGGAGCCUGUAUGGCCUAAUGGUUUGAGGAUAUCAACCUAGAAAUUCCACCUUGGGUAGAGGCUGUUGGAAGAAGAGGAGCUUUAGAAUAAGGCAACACCAAGAAGAGGAUGUUCUUUUGUGUUUAUUGCAUGUUCACAGAUCUCACGCAGGGUAGACGUUCAAAAGUUGUAUGCGCCAUACAUUCGCACUGGCGCGCAAGGGUUAUUAGAGCAGAAGUGUGGAGGCGCUUGCCCAUCUGCUUGUCUGCUUUUGUCCUGUGUAUCCUGUUGCUUCUGUUGGCCCUUGGUUGCAUCAGCAAGUUAUCCGUGAGCUAAAUGUGAUCAGUGGUGCACAGUGUGCUGAACUAUAGAAAUGCCUUAUAAAUAAUAAACUAGUAAGAUAACUGAUGUGCACUCCUGAUAAUACUGAAGGAAAAGAGGCUGCUGAAACUCUAUGAAGCUGCAGAGGCAAUGGAAAGGAAAGCUGCAGCCAGGAGGGAGGGAAGAGGGAUGUGAUCAAGGGAACAAGAGAAGACGAUCAGUUGAAAACAUGUUGCUGUGUGCUAAAUAUUUUUAUUUUUUUGAAGUUUUAUUAUUUUCACAUAACAAAUUAUUUCAACAAUUAUAUGUGUGCUAAAUAGAUACAAGUUUGUUUUUAAAAAGCCUACUGGGCUAAAGAACAGGAUAUUGCAGAAGGGGACAAAUUAAAGAGACCGGAUAAGAGCAUAAGCUUACAAAAUGAAUGAGAGGCUAGAUUUUGGCAAGGCGGCAGGGGAACACCCAGAAAUCCUAAGAUGAUGAGAAAAAGAGGACUUCCUGAAAAUGGUUCCAAGGGUCCACCACUGAUUUUCUAAAUGACAGAAUUGCUCAGUUGAAAAAGACAUGACAUUUUUUACUUGAUAUGGAUGGAGACUUGAGCAGGUCUGUGUGCUGCUGGUUUUAAUGCAUUACUGUUAGACAGAAUCAUAUGUCAACCUGUGUAGUAAGUUGGUUGAAUGUUUGUGUGUGUGCGCACACACGGUCUUAAAAAGAACAUCAAAAAGCAUUGCCGUUCUGAUAUACUAUCUGCUUUUCUGUUUUUGCAGGAGUGGUUUGCAGUGUAUGUGGAACUUAAUCAACAGAUUGCAGCUUUGUUAAAUGCCGGGGAUGAAGAAGACCUUGUGGAACUGAAAGCAUUACAGCAGCAGUUAAGUGAUGUUUGUUACCGGCAAGCCAGUCAGCUGGAGUUCAGGCAGAAUCUGUUGCAAGCAGCACUUGAUUUCCAUGGUGUUGCCCAAGAAGUAAGUCAGUAUACAUUCUUACUCACUGUACAGUUUUGCUGUGUGACGAUUACUACAGAUGGACAACAGUUCCAACUGGUUUUUAGGAAUGAACAAAUUCCAAAAUAUACCAAUCCAUUUCUGAGGACGUUCAGUAGCUAAAGCCUUCUGUUUUAUAAGGAUUUUUUUUUGAAUGAAUGAAUGAGUCUUUAUUUGCAUCAGCCAUUGCAUCAGCAAUAAAAGAACAAUACGAUAUACAAAGAAUAGAAAUACAGUGAUACCUCUGGUUACGUACUUAAUUUGUUCCGGAGGUCCGUUCUUAACCUGAAACUGUUCUGAACCUGAAGCACCACUUUAGCUAAUGGGGCCUCCUGCUGCUGCCGCACCACUGGAGCACGAUUUCUGUUCUCAUCCUGAAGCAAAGUUCUUAACCCAAGGUACUAUUUCUGGGUUAGCGGAGUCUGUAACCUGAAGUAUGUAACCUGAAGCGUCUGUAACCCGAGGUACCACUGUAAAAAAGUCAGUUAUAUAGGGUUUUGAAUCAGUAGUCAAAUAGUGGAUCUUACUCUGAUUGCCCCAACUAAAAUUUAUUGCAAUGCUGUAGAAAGAUUCUGAUGUGUCUAUUACUUACGCAAAAUUGAAUUUAUAGUCAUUGAGGGGGACUUAUUUUUAUUGCUCUUGAGAGAAGACAUUGGGCAUUGACUACUGUAGAAUGUUGUGACCACGGUGCUUAGUGUCUGUGCUUAUCUGACAGUUUAAAGCACAUCCUGCUUCUCCUCCGUUUUGUAUAAGCUCCUGUUUUGUAAUGCCCAGAAGUGAUGACUUUUCUUCAUCUAAAACUAUUGGCCCUCUUCCACUCUGUACCUGGGGCCCUUAUCGAUGUCUGCACACACACAAAAAGAGGCAUAUCAGGUCUUGUUGGGAGUCCACAUCUUGAUCAUUGGAGAUUGGUAGAAAGUGUGGCAGCAGCAUUCUUGAUGAAGGGUGUUUGGUGAGGAGUGUCUGCUGUUCAGGUCAUCUGCCUGUGAGCUUCCCUAUCUCCUAGGUUUAUCUCCCUUUACAGCUCGUGUGUGUGUGUGUGUGUGUGUGUGUGUGUGUGUCUCAGUGUCACAGCACACCCGGCCAUUGCAGCAUAUCCUUGGUGGAAGCAUGAGAAACACAGGUUUUUGAAGUAAUAUGAUACCUGGGGUUUUUCUUGCUGUCUUUUUCAGUUGUCUCAGCAACUAGACGGCCUACUAGGGAUGUUGUGUGUCGAUGUUGCACCAGCAGACGGGACGUCAAUUCAGCAAACUCUAAAGCUACUGGAAGAGAAACUGAAAAGUGUUGGUAAGCCCAUACAUUGUAGAAACCUCAAAAUCUAUAAAACAGUGAACAAUUGGGGAAAAAUAAAUUUUAAAGUAUACAUUGAUUUUUCUCUCACGUUCGUAACUAAGCAUAGAGGGGGAAACGGACCUUUCUGGCCACAAUUCAGCAAUUCAUGCAGAAGAGAUUGGGUGAGCAUGGCAGGCCUUUUCUCAGAUGCGCACCCCCCUCCCAUCCCUUUCGUUCUCUGGGGGAUAAUUACAAUUCCCUUUCUUUUAAAAAACAACAACAGUGCAAUGGGGGAGGCACAAGCCUAAUUGAAUAAUUGGAUUUGCUUUACAGGUGUUUGGAUUUUGGAUGCAAACUCUUGGCUUCCUUUUGCAGUUGGCUCAAAUACUGUUGGGACGUAAAAGUCUUAACAGUACAUUUAAAUUCAUUUGUAUUGCAGCAAGGAAACAUCAUAAACAGUGUACGUGAAUCCCUGAAAAGCCACCUGCUUCCAAGGCUGAAAACUUACGAAGCUGCUUUCGUGUAUUAAAUUGCAUGUAGAGGGAGUCCAUGUGUUGAGACUGGACAUUGCAGAUGGGCAGCCUCUAUGCACAGACCUCUUUACAUUUUGGACCUCCAUGCAGUUGGGGUUCCAGCUCUCUUGGAAGUUGUGCAUGUAAAGGUCUGUGCAUUUAGGCUUCCCUCUUUCAGACACAAGUGUUCAGUGUUUGAACAUUACAGUGAGGGUGGAAAAAAACACACCGCAUGUCUUCAGCCUGCUGCCCCUUGUGAUCAUAUGGAUCCCCUUAGCUUAAUUAACAGUUAUCAUGUUAACAGUUAUCAUGUGGAGGACGCUUAUGAUUAAGCUGUCCUCCACAUGAUAUGUCCAAAUCCUUGGAAGACUUGUGCCAGUAUUUACAAAGCUUUAAGAAGAAAACUAGGGAUGUGGAUGGCGCUGUGGUCUAAACCACUGAGCCUCUUGGGCUUGCUGAUCAGAAAGUUGGUGGUUCGAAUCCCCAUGACAGGGUGAGCUCCCGUUGCUCGGUCCCAGCUCCUGACAACCUAGCAGUUCGAAAGCAUGCCAUUGCAAGUAGAUAAACAGGUACUGCUGCGGCAGGAAGGUAAACGGCGUUUCCGUGCGCUGCUCUGGUUUCGGUGUUCUGUUGCGCCAGAAGUGGCUUAGUUAUGCUGGCCUCAUGACCUGGAAAAAUUGUCUGCGGACAAAUGCCGGCUCCCUUGGCCUGUAAAGCGAGAUGAGUCCUGCAACCCCAGAGUCAUUUGUGACUGGACUUAACUGUCAGGGUUCCUUUACCUUUACCUUUCAAGAAGAAAACUAAUCUCUUUCAUUUCGAAAAACACCUGUUAAACGUAAACUGAGAUAAUGCAUACAAUAGUCAAAUUAAGAAAGGGGGCAAACUUCAAAAUCCCUGCUGUGUGAUAGCAGUUCAUAAGAAUGGAAGGGACACAAAUAAUUAACAUAUAAAGCUUCCUUAUACUGAGUCAGACAAUCGGUCACUGUCUUCCACUGUGUUUCAGUCCUUCUUAGCCCUUAGUAUUUCUUUUUUAACUGGUGACACCAGUGUUUCAACCUGGGUCGUUCAGCAUGCAAGUCGUACGUUUUGCUAGUAAGCUGUGACCUCUCCCCAUAAUAAAUACUAACUUUGUGACUGUAAGAAAUUGUACUUAAAAAAAGAAGAAGAUGCAAUAGGAAACUUAAACACUAGGCUAUCUAUAUGUUUACGCAGUUAGGGUUGACUGGCAGCUUUUGAUUGCCAAACGUGCUGAUUUUGAAGUCUAGUAAGUUACGUGAUGUAUCAUUUAUUGAUUGAAAUCACUGCAACUAAACUUGCACAUGGAUGGAGAGAGAAUUGGACAGAAAUUAAUGAGUAGAGAGAAUAUGUCAUUUGUUCACAUUUGCACCUGUUUGAGGGUGGGAAAUGUACUAGUUCUAUGAAACAAAGAAUUUGGGUUUUUUGUACCUUAGACUUAGGUCUGCAAGGUUUGCGUGAAAAAGGUCAAAGUCUUCUUGAUCAAAUAUCUAACCAGGCAUCUUGGGCUUAUGGAAAAGAUGUAACCACGGAAAACAAAGAGAAUGUUGAUCACAUCCAGGGAGUGAUGGAAGACAUGCAGCUCAGGAAGCAAAGGUAAUAAUUAUGCUGCCUAGCAGCCCUGAAAAGUUCCCUCUAGCUCAGAAGUUCUCUUAACUGUGCCAUUUUGUGUGAAAAUUCUGUAUGACUUUAAAAUUGCUUUAGUUCACUUGAUGCCUUUUGAUAACUCAGCAACUGCAGUUGUGGUAUUCUUUUUAAAGAGAACAUUAAGAUGUCAUAAUGUGCCAUAUAGUACUGCACAAAAGACCAAAGGAUCAGGCUGAAAACGAAUAGAGUUAAUCAUGAAAGAGAAUAACUUAAUAAUGAACAAAACCCUGAUCUGCUUAUAUCUGAAAACUGAAAAAAUGUAUUCUUUACAAGUUAUGACAAAGAAAAUUAACUGAAACCAGUCUUGAAAGUCCUUAGGAUUUAUCUAUCAGAUGAUUAUCUUGUAGUGUUUAAAUAUUAAAUCUUUCUCCCCUGAUAUUAAGACUCGGAGGCUGCCGAUCUCAGUCUCCAUUUCCUGCUUCUCUAUGAGCAAAACAGGCUCUGCUGCUGCUUCUUUGUCUAAACCCCAAGAAAUGUCCACUGCAAAAGCCACACAGAGAUGGAGGUUGGCUCCCAGCAGAAAAUUAAAAGCACAAGAAAAUGUCAAACAUUAAAAACUUCUCUAAACUGGGCUGCCUUCAGAUGUCUUCUAAAAGUCAGAUAGUUGUUUAUUUCCUUGACAUCUGAUGGGAGGGAGUUCCACAGGGUGCAUAGCUGUCAACUUACAGAUUUGAAAAUAAGGGACCAGCAGCCUUGAAAAUAAGGGACCUGCAGCCUCACCUGUUCCAGGCACUCCAGUCUUCCUGUCCUCCUGCAGUCUGGUCAAACUCAUGCUGGUAGCUUCGAGAACACUGUCCAACCAACUUUGUAACCAGAGGUUCAACUGAAUAGAAUCUGAAUCACAUGCACCACAAUGCCUAUGCAGCCUCAACUUAAGAUGGCUCCCCGGCCUGGCUUUGCACUGCAAAGUUUGCAGCAGCACGUGCAACAAAAUGGCGUCCAGCAUUCAAAAACCUCCUCAGCUUGCAUUAACUACCCACACACAAGGCAUGCAAGCUCCACCCCCCAGUCGUUCUUAGACUUCUUAUUGGGUGAGCAACACAGCCAAGCAACACAGUUGGAGCCUCCCUCCUCCCUGGCCGGCAGGGAGGGAGGGAGAGGAGCUGCUUCCUUUGAAAUUUAAGGGACAUCAUUUAAGGGACAUUUAAGGGACAUCCAUCAAUAAGGGACAGCAGCGGGACAUGGCGCUGGAAUAAGGGACUGUCCCUUCAAAUAAGGGACACUUGACAGCUAUGACAGGGUGGGUGCCACCACUGAGAAGGCCCUUUGCCUGGUUCCCUGUAACUUGGCUUCUCGCAGUGAGGGAACUGCCAGAAGGCCCUUGGAGCUGGACCUCAGAGUCUGGGCAGAACGAUGGGGGUGGAGAUGCUCCUUCAGGUAUACUGGGCCGAGGCCGUUUAGGGCUUUAAAGGUCAGCACCAACACUUUGAAUUGUGCUUGGAAACGUACUGGGAGCCAAUGUAGCUUUUUCAGUACUCAUAUAUUAUAUGAGAAUAAAAGAAAUUAUAUCCCUUCACAAGGCAAUGGUUUAGGCUUUCCCUCCACCUGCCCUGGAUUGUGUGCUAUUAAUUCAUGAUAAGUAUUUAAGUGACCAAAACAGGAUAUGACAAUUUUUAAAAGGUCAGGGUUUUUUUGGGGGGGGGGAUGCAGUGUUUUUGUUGGGCCAGAAACCUCAGUUAAACUAGCAGUACAAAAUACAAUACGAUAACAGUACUUACAUAGGUAUAUCAGGUGAUACCUAAUAUUAGUCAUAGUAAGAACAGACCCAUUGGAACCAGUGGACUUAUUCAACUAUAUUGUAACCCCAGACUAUUGCCUAUCAUGUAUGAAGUUGGAGAACUAUGUUGGGCAAGAAAUAAUAGUGCUUAUCAAAAUUUUGCUGAUUUUUCAAACAAUUCUUUUCAUAUAUUUAUAUAUUUUCAUGGUAUGUUGUAGUAAUGUUUUUACCCAACCUUAGGGUUGCCAUAUGUCCAGAUUUUCCCAGACAUAGCCAGGAUUUUCAGCCAUUGGAAAAAUUGUCCGGGUGGAAAAUUGCUAGAUGUGCAGGAAAAUCUGGAUGAAUGGCAUGUUGGAAGUGUAGCUUUUGGCAAAUUUCCUUAAAAAUAACUCAACAAGUUUGCCCCAAAAAAGCUCAACUUUUUCACUUUCUGAAAUAUGGCAACCCUACCCAAUCUUUAGUGGCACAUGAAAGAAAGAAAGAGGAAUUGUUCAUGUGUUGCAUCUACGAUGGGAGUGAUGGGUUGAGUGCUAGGCAAUAGUGUUUAGCUUUCUGAUCUGAUGUGGUUGCUUAUCAUUCCGGCUUUCACAGAUGUGAAGACAUGGUAGAUGUCAGACGAUUGAAGAUGCUUCAAAUGGUUCAGCUCUUUAAAUGUGAAGAGGAUGCUGCGCAGGUGAGAUUGAGCUGCAUAUUUAUUGUGGCCAGUGUUGUUCAUAUAAACUUGCUUCAAAAGAGAGACACACACACACAGAGAGAGAGAGAGAGCCUAGUCAAACAAGUUUUGGAAAUUUAAUUUUACAGGGCACCCCUGUAAAAUACACUUCUUAUUACUUCUUGAGCACAUCUGUGACAGAUGGAUUGUGUUAGUUUAAAUGUUUUCUGUUUUACAGUCUGUUUCUACUCUUCCCUCUAGGCAGUAGAAUGGUUAAGUGAAUUACUCGAUGCUCUACUGAAGACCCAUACCCGCCUGGGGGACGAUGCUCAAGAAACCAAAAUUUUGUUGGAAAAGCAUCGGAAAUUUGUUGAUGUAGCACAGGUAUAUGAAGGAUUUCUUUCACUCUGUAAUCAGGCUAGGUGGGUCACUAGAAAGCUGCCUCUAAGCCUUCUCAUUGAUAUUUAAAAUUAGCAUUUUCAUUUAGACUAUUUGCUGAGCUUGUUUUCUGAGUACAGUUCUGAUUGCCAGAAACCUUGGCUAGAUCUGACAAGAUUAUUCUAUUGGAACAUCCCCUUGGGGACAACCACAGUUCCCCCCCCUAAAGUGUUUUCAUGCGUCAUAAAAUGUACAAGAUUGAUUUUGAAAUGCUUGAAUUCACUUCAUAUCUGACAAAUGUGGAGUGGUUACUCCAUGUACCCUGGGCAAUGCUCUGCGUUAUUUCUUUUUAGAAGUUACUUGCCCCAGAUCAGCUAUUUGAUUAGAUAAAGGAACUAGUGUGUUCAGAUAAGUAAAUGGUAAACAAUAGGACUACUGUGCCCAAAAGCAAGGGACCAAACAUUUUGGCACGGUUUUACUAAGCAGAUGUUAAUUGCUGUGCAGAUCCAGAGAAGGGUGUUCCUCUGUUGUUACUCAGGGCUUUUCGGGGGGAGGGGGCACUCUCAGCACCUUAAUGACCUUCUGGAAAGGCCCAGCAGGAAGAACAGCCAUAGGGUCCUUUUUUCAUGAAAAACAGAACGGGGACAAGAAGUGAAGAUGUUUACCCUGUCACUCUGCUCCUUGACUCCUUUAUAGUUCACAGAGAACACGAAGGUGGCAGAAUAUGGGAUCUUUGUGCUGAAUAUUUGAGACCUAGGCAGGGGUGCAGGCCAGAGAGUCUGGUACAGUGGUACCUCGGGUUACAUACGCUUCAGGUUAGAUACGCUUCAGGUUACAGACUCCGCUAAGCCAGAAAUAGUAGCUCGGGUUAAGAACUUUGCUUCAGGAUGAAGCAGCAGCAGGAGGCCCCAUUAGCUAAAGUGGUACCUCAGGUUAAGAACAGUUUCAGGUUAAGAACGGACCUCCGGAACGAAUUAAGUCCUUAACCCGAGGUAUCGCUGUACUUGCUGUUGUUGUGCAGGCGAGUGGGUUUUUUAAAAAAACAAGGUGGGCUUAGUGAGGGGAGAACGUUCUCUGUUCUCAAAGCACCUGUAUGGGUUUGUGCAGCAGGUCUCCAUCCAUAAAAGUGUGUGCAUCCCCUACCUGCCAAGUCAGUUGUUCAGACCAAGCAAACAAACCCCCAAAGGGUUAGCUUUCUCUUUCCCUCGCCUUUCAUCAUUCAGCUGGAUUUCCCAAGCAAGGCCAUUGCAAUUCGUUCCUGCGUUUGGAAAAGUAGGCCGAUGUGUUAAUAGUCAAAUGAAGUGCAAGAACGCCUUGUGACUUACAUUUGAGAUAUUUUGUUUCUUGCCGAUGUGUCGCUCUUUUGUAGUUAGAUCUGUCCAAGGAUUUGAGAUUGAAAUUUUACAUCUUUCUUAUUUUUCCUUUUUAUAGAGUACUUAUGAUUAUGGAAGGCAGUUACUACAGGCUACCGUCGUUUUGUGUCAGUCUCUGCGAUGCACUUCUAGGUCCUCAGGAGACACACUUCCAAAGCUGAACAGAGUCUGGAAACAAUUCACCAUCACUUCCGAAGAGCGAGUAACAAGGCUGGAGAUGGCUGUCGCUUUCCAUUCAAAUGCUGAAAAAGUUAGUUGCUACCAACAUACGGAUGUUGCUCUGUUGUUUUAAGUGAACUCUGGAAGCAAUUUUCUUUUUCUUAAUACCACUUUGUUACAGGUUUUGCAAGAAUGCCCAGACCAGCCUGAAUCUAUAAAUGACCAGGAACAAUUUGAUGAGAUUGAAGCUGUUGGAAAAUCACUUCUGGAUAGAUUAACAGUACCUGUUGUUUAUCCUGAUGGGUAUGUAGCUUGUCCUUAGAAUAUGAUUAUUCUAAAAUGUUUUAGUUUGCAAUACAAGUCAAACAGAUUUUACAUGAGGGAGACAUACAAAUACUGUAGCUGAAAUAUUCAGUUUGGAAAAAGAACAAGUAGUCAGAUGCUAUAGCAAAAAGUUAAAUAUUUAAAUAAAAUUUAUUUCUUUACAAUGUUCUCAAAAGGUAUCUUUAAUCGAGAUGCACGCCCAUCAAUUGCUUCACAGAGUAGAAUUAAAUGAACGAAUGCAAUGUUUAUUGCUCAUAAAUUGAAGCCGCCCCAAACAAAUCACAUUAGUUCAAAUAUGUACUAUCAAAGUUUUGAGUCUGGUGUAAAAAUAAUGGUGGCAUAACAUCCAUAUUCAUCAGUCAGGUCUGGGACCUCAUCCUAAGACAAUUCAGUACUAUACUAGCCAGGUGUAGUGUAAAGCAAUUGUGCGUGUGUUUUUUAAUCAAAUUGGUAUGCACUGAGAACAAAUCCCAUGUGCCUUGCUUGUUUUUUCUUUGUUUUAGUACUGAACAGUACUUUGGGAGCCCGAGUGAUAUGGCUUCUACAGCUGAACACAUUAGAGAGAAGAUAAAGCUGGUUUGUUUGAAAAAACAGCAGCUGAGACAACCAGACGUCUGUACAACAGAGAGCUAA